AUGAGUUCUGCACCGAAUGGGCGCAAAAAGCGCCCCAGGUCCGCGGGCUCGAUCUUCCAGAUCAGCAAAACGCCGCUGCACAGCAGGGACGGUGAGCGCAGAGGCAGCGCCUCGGAGGGCGCCCCCAAGACCCAGAGACUAGCCGUGGAUGACUGCAAGAUGGUGGGUAAAACGCAACGGCUCUAACCCCCCCCCCCCGUUUCUUUUUGAAUGCAUUUGGCUUGUUCGUGGUAGGGACCACUCCUCUCCCCCCCCCACUUUUUUUUCCUUUUUCGCCUUGUCUAUUCUGAUCACGUGCAGUUGCACUAUUUGUAAAAACUGCAGUACGUAUUGGAGUUGACACCCUUUUUUCUCUCUCCCCCCACCCCGGUGAAGUCGUCGCGGCUUAAAAGACAGGCGACGUACAAACGACAUGGAGAAAGCGGGGAGGUGUACUGGGAUCUUGCUGGCGCUCGGGCAAACGUUUCUGUUGAUGUCUGGCGGGAAGGGGAGGAGGAGGGAGAAUGGGGUUAGGAGCCAGGGUUGGAUCGUCGAAGAAACAAUCUCCUGUGAUGUGGAGGGGAUAUUGUGGACUCCGUGCAUUCAGUGCACCCGAGGCUGCAAAAAACCGGACUAAGCACCUGUAACUCAAGCGCAGGCAAAAUCCCAGCCCAGGAGCUAGCUGCGUGUUGUAGGAGCUACACAGGAAGCGUGUAUUCGUGUGUGCAGCGGGGGGAAGAAUAUGCUUCCUUGUAUCCCGCCGCAACUGGGCUAACAGAUCUGACACAAAUAUCGAGAGGUCUGCUGGAUUCUGUUUGCAAGCCUCCCAAGACCAGCCCGAAGUGAAUCUGGCCAAAUCUCAGUGCUGAUGAACUGCUCUGAAAACUCCCCGCAACUGGAUAAACAGCUGCUGACUACUGCAAUCUCAUAAACUAGUUUCCUUUUGAGCAGAUCAGAAUUGCCCCCCUCGACUGGGUAGGGCAAAGCUGCUGCUGUUAUUUUUAAAGGAAAGUGUUUUGUGUAAGCACAGCCUAAACCUCAGUGCUAGGCAGAGUAAGAAGAGGGAGCCAAAAGCAUACUGUACUGUACUAGACCUUAUGUUACUGGUGAGGGGGGAUGCCCUAGGUUUUUAACUGCCCCCUUUUAUAUAGCUGUCUUGUACUAUGCCACUUUGGGUGGGUCUUCUUUUUCCCUCUUUUACUGCAUGUAAGGAGAAUAAUUUUCAACAAAGUGUGUCAAAACAGACACUGGCAUCAACUAGAAAUUAAGCCUUUCACAAGUGGUUGUAAGGCUGUAAUCCUGUAUACACGUUUCCUGGCAAUAAGUUCUGUUAAAAACAGCAGGACUUACUUUUGAGUAAAUGUGUAGGGUUGCACUGUAAGCCUUUAGUUUCUCUUAAACCUUGAACUUGUAACAAGUCAUGGAAGUUGAAAUAGAGUUAGAGAAGGCUUGCUUUUUUGCAGAUGAGCAAGGGGAAUUUGGGAGCUCUUACCUUGACAGGUGGCCCAAAUAGCCUGCACCCAUUAGUAGACCUCUUUUGUGUCGGAUGUGGACUGUGUUGGUACCAGAUACGUUAUGUAGCCAAGUAAGAAGCACAUCUGUCUUCUGUUUAAGUACUUAAUGCAAAUUCCUGGUAGCUCUGUUGAAAGUGUCCAAUUCAGAUAUUUACUGGGCCUGUAGUUAUUAUUAUUAUUAUGAGCACUUCUGUUCAGCACAAAGGUCUAAGAGGCCUAAUUUAAGCUAAUGUAGAUACAUGAGAUACAUAUAAUUAGUACAAUUUAUAUACACUUUUCAAGAUCUAUCCUAGUGUCAGUUGGUGGGACAGUUGAAUUUACAUUGAAGCAUUCUUACCCUAAUCCUUUGCACGUUUACUAAGAGUAAGUGCCAUUAAAUUCAGUAGGGCUUACUCCCAGAUUGUUUCGCGAUUGUAUUUUAAAUUUUUUUUUACAGUCCAUCAUGAAAAACUUGAAUUGAUCAUUGACUUUUCAGUUUAUGGAUUGAGCUCUGAAAAGAAAUUAAUUUGAACCUACUUUUAGCAGCAUCCUUGUUUCAUUGUAGCAGAUUUCUUAAUCCUUGCACUUUGCAAAAUUAUUUAUGCAACAAUGAGGGCUGGUAACUUAAACUUUAUUAAAAAUAAAAGCUGGAAUUCACAGGACUUUGCCAAGGCCCUGGAAGCUUCACAGAAGAGCUUUAGAGGAUAGCAUUGCCGAAUCCUAGCUUGGGCGAUCUGUCAAAUACAUAUUUUUGACAGUCCAGUGGAUUUUUAGGCUGGAAAGAAAAGACAUGGAAGAUUAAUUUUCACUCCACAACGCUUCUGCACAAUAAUACCUUGGAGCCUGAACAUACUGGGUGGAUUAUCCCUCUUUAUAGUAAUUCCUUGUAAAAAAAAUGUAAAAAGCCAAAAUUACUACUAGAUAAUAUGAGCUGUCUUUUAGUUAUGUGCUAAUAGCAGCAAUGAUUUGUGCAGUAGGAGCAAAACUGUUUUGAUAAUGCAAUUUGAGAUCAUGGCCCAACAUUUGGCUUUGAGAUCUAGGUUUUUGAUGAAAUUAGGAUCCAUGUUACCAUCAUGCAUUUGGUAGGGAUGCAGUUUCCCCCUGUUUUAUGGUAAGUUUGAGAAUUAAGGUUAAAAGCUGGGCAAACCUGGGAGGAUCAAUAUUGUUAUUUCUCUCGCAAGGAGACAUUUUAGAGAAAUCUGUUCAUGCUUUCCCUUGUUUCACAUCAUAAACAAAUGCAUUUUAUGACCACAAAAUAAAAUGAAGGUUAAUCAAAAGUAAAUUAGCACUUGAACAAAAUAAUAGUCUUGAUAGUGCUCAGCUUGUAAUGAUUUUCCAGAAGCGUAAAGAUGAAUUUGCUAGUUGAAUGCUGGUUUGAAGUAUUUCAGGUGGGGGAGGGAUCUGUUUUUCCAUCUUGUUUGUUUUGCACAGUCCAAAGAGCUUGCAGGAAUACUAAACGGUGAGGGCCUUUUCUAAUAGCUCUUAUUAGUCAGCAAGUUCAGAUUCUUGAGUCUAGUGAAAACUGCGUUGGAGCCAGAAAGAAAAUAAUUUAACAAUAAGUUAGCAAUCUCCAGUACAGAAAUGAAUGGCACAUUCCACUCCCUAGAUGGGCAGUAAAUUGCAAAUCAGUGGGGGGAAAGGAGGCAACUAUUUCUGGCAACAUUAUCUUCUUUCGUGAUAAAAUAAUCCCUCGGUUCUGAGAGAAGAGAAGCUGUUAUUUAUGCUUGCUACAAGAUUUAAAAAACACUUUCAAAUAUUUAGAGCUUGCAGGAUAUUUUUUUCCUACUGAAAAUGUAUACUCUGGAGUGUACAGAGGGCAGAUCCCACAAUAUCCUUAGCUGUUUAUGACAUCAUUGAGGCUGAGCCUGGUCCUGUUUAGUAUCCAAUAGUGCAGGCUCCUGCUGGGGAAGACACACACACACACACGCACACACGUCUUAUCUCUGAAGCACCUUGCAUUAGUAAAUAGGCAUAUAAUUUAUAUUCUUAUUUUUCAGCUUGUCCAGGAUUUCAACACCCAGGUGGCUCUGUAUCGUGAACUGGUCAUUUCCAUUGGGGAUGUCUCGGUCAGUUGCCCAUCUCUGCGUGCCGAAAUGCAAAAAAACCGAACCAAAGGAUGUGAGAUCGCCUAUCAGGCCCACCAAAAGCUAUCAGCAAUCUCUGGGUAGGAGGCUUCUUCCAUUUCUUCCCGUUCUAUACAUGUAGAAGCUUCUGGGUGGCUGAUAAUCCUGUGCAAGUCUCAGCAGAGAUGAUCGAGGGCUGUGGUGCAUUUAGGUGGCACAGAAUACUUCUGAAUUCCUCUUUUGACUCACUGCACACACUCAGCUUAUCUACUGCUUGGCCUUAGUUUCCCCUUGGGACCAGAUGAAUGUGUAGUCUCUACAGUGGUAAAGGACUACAACAGUGUUUAAGAGUGUUACAGUGAUUGUUUUUAUGCCUUGAUUAUGACUGGUCUCCUCAUACGUCCAAAACGACUCCAAACGAGAGGGUGGCAAAGAAUGUAGCCAGGGUUUAACCUACUUUUAACAUACUCCUUCUCCCGUAGAAACUCUAGAUGUUGUGUUUUUUGAGGAGAUACUGAAAAAUCUGUAUCAGAAUUCAAAGUAGUUCAACAAAGUGUGGUUCCCAGGACUGAGUGGGGGAUAGCCUGGUGUGGGACUAUCCUGGUUUAAAAUGCAUGUCUGUCUGUCUAUCUAUAUCUAUCUAUCAUCUAUCUAUCUAUCUGUCUAUCUAUCAUCUAUCUUCUCUAUCAUAUAACUAGUAGGUGGAAGUGCUAAUUCACUGAGACUGUUAAACUGUGAAUUGAUGAAUGCAAAGAAACAUGCUACAAAGAGUGGUGCUAGAUCAGUGGUAGCUAACCUGUAGGAAGAAUCUGCAGCUCCCUUCAGUCCUGACCAUUGGCCCUGCUGAUCGAGGCUGAUGCAGGUUGGGAGUCCAGCAACAGCUGGGUGGCCACAUUUUAGCCAUUCCAGAUCAGAUUUUGUAAAUAUGAAGCCAUAGAAGAAAGUUACUAGACCACAGCUAUGCAUGUCUCAUAAGCCUUUGCUAACCAGACAAUGGCAUCUCAGCUAAUGUAAUUUGCUGCCGGGUAGCUGGACUUUUGUGUGUCUUUACAAAGAAUGAAUGAAAGAAAGAAAGGUAAUUGCAGCUGAGACAGCAACUUAUACCAAAGAAAUUCAAUAAGCAAUACCCUGUUGAAAACGCCAUUUCCCUCUUGCAGGUACAGUUUGCAUCUGUAAAAUCUUUGCUUUUGUUUACAUGCUCACCUUUUAUAGCUGAGGUGCAAGCAGAAUUUGGAACACAUUUCAUUUACCUUGCCUGUUCGUUUUUAUGUAUCAAAACAUACAGGUACUAAUUGCACCUGCAAAAAGGAGGCUAAAAAUCUAUCCUUUUGAAAGCUUAUGCCAGGUAAGUAGUGAAUACUCAGUUUGUACACUAGAUACAUAGAGUUUGAUGCCCAUUAGGGUCUUUCUGAUAAACAUUUUGUAAUGCGCUCUCAGUUUGCACCGGUACUGAUAACUAAAUUGUUCUACAUGCCUUAGCUUGGCAUGAAGGAGGCUGAACAUACCCCAUCUUGUCACAUUCCAGAAGUAAAGAGGAAUCAAUGCAACUGCUGUGAUAUAUUUUGGAAUGAGGGCACAAAGUUACUAAUUUGCAGUGCCAAAUGCCCACAAAAUGGCUAGAAACAAAAUAUUUGCAGGUCCCAUUAUUCCACUAUUUUAUUAUUGUGACAGUUACAGGAAAUGCAUGGUAGUUGCCAUUCAUAUAUCAUGUACACUAGUUCUUAACAUCAGCUAUGACUGGGGAAAGAAGAUUAGGUGAAAAGCAAACCACUGUGAACUAAAUUGAAAGAUCUACCACAACCAUUCGGAGAAGCAUGGUUUGUAUUAAAUUUAUUGUGCUUGUAUAUUUUCUCAAGACCAUGGGCAAAUAUCUUUCCUCUUCUGCACUAAUUUGGUGUUUGGAUUAGCUCUUUAAUGUAUCAGGGACCAUUGGAUAGAUGAGGGAAGAACCCCCUUUAGAACUGUUAGCCACACUGGUUAACAUUACUGUAGCAACUGCAAAUUAAGACUUUAAGAAGAAUCUGGAGCUAAUUAGGCACAAACAAUGGGCAAUUGCAGUAGUUUAUAUAAUAACUCAUAUAGGUGAAUAGCUUCCAGAUGUCUUAAUACAGACUUGCCCAACCUGGCGCCCUCAAGACUGCAACUCCCAUCAUCACUGGCCAUUGGCCAGGCUGACUGGGAUUGGUGGGAGUUGCCGUCAAAAACAUAUGGAAGGUACCAGGUUGAGGAAGCCUGAUUUAAUAUCUAGAUAUAUCAGCUGUUUGGAAAAUUAAUUGCAAUUUUUCUCUUCUUGAAUUAAUCUUUUCAUGUCUCUGCUGUUUCUCUCAGCUCUAAAAAGAAAUUCAGGAAAUGCUAUUCAGAAAACCAGUAUUUUCCCAGACUGUGGGAACAUUCAGAAAAAGGAAUGUAAUGUGGGAAGUAUCAGAACUUGCAACCGUCUACAAAACAUGUUAUCUGUCCUAGAAGCCUUGCCCUGCAAUCUCAGGUGCCUGGGAGCAGGCACUCUGAAUAUACUGAGAAGCACUCUUCCCCAUUAUUACCUUGCAUACUCAUUAGCUGCAUUCAUGCUCUCAUUACAGACACAUGCCCUGAAGGAGUGACACAAAACAAACUGACCAGCCUAUGCAAUGUAGCUGCAUUGUGCAAUACUCUGGAUAGUGCUACAAAUGGACCAACCAUGGCAGCUUUAACUCCUGCUGAGUUCUUUUUUUUUUUUUAAUAAAAUAUUUAUUAAGGUUUUUUGAAAUAUUACAGUAAAAAUGAAAAAGAAAAGAGAAAAAUACAAAAUAAAAACAGUUAAAAACACACAUAUUUUCUAUUACUUAUUUUCCUUUAGCUUGUUUCCCGGACCUCCUCGUACCUCCCUUUUUGUAUUCCACUUCAAUUUAUUGGUUCAGCAAAUCCUUACCAUUAGAUUUUAACCCAUUUAUAACCCUUUUUUCAUAUUCUCAUAGAGCAUUACAGCUGGAAACCACUUAAUUACUAUCCAACAUCAUUCUAUCAUUCAUUAAUUUUACAAUAUUUCUGUAAAUAGUCUUUAAAUUUCUUCCAAUCUUCUUCCACCGACUCUUCUCCCUGGUCUCGGAUUCUGCCAGUCAUUUCUGCCAAUUCCAUAUAGUCCAUCACCUUCAUCUGCCAUUCUUCCAAAGUGGGUAGAUCUUGUGUCUUCCAAUACUUUGCAAUGAGUAUUCUUGCUGCUGUUGUAGCAUACAUAAAAAAAGUUCUGUCCUUCUUUGGCACCAAUUGGCGGACAAUGCCCAGAAGAAAGGCCUCUGGUUUCUUCAAGAAGGUAUAUUUAAAUACCUUUUUCAGUUCAUUAUAUAUCAUUUCCCAGAAAGCCUUAAUCCUUGGGCACGUCCACCAAAGGUGAAAGAAUGUACCUUCAGUUUCUUUACAUUUCCAGCAUUUAUUAUCGGGCAAAUGAUAGAUUUUUGCAAGCUUGACGGGGGUCAUAUACCACCUGUAUAUCAUUUUCAUAAUAUUCUCUCUUAGGGCAUUACAUGCCGUAAACUUCAUACCUGUGGUCCAUAACUGUUCCCAGUCAGCAAACAUAAUAUUAUGUCCAACAUCUUGUGCCCAUUUAAUCAUAGCAGAUUUCACCGUUUCAUCCUGAGUACUCCACCGUUUCAUCCUGAGUACUCCUGCUCAGUUCUUGCCAUGUCCCCCCAUCUCCCGAUUCUCAAAGUUUCUUGUAUUACUUUGCAGGUAGAACAAAGCAAAUUUUGCAACCUCUGCCUGUCGCUAGGUUGCCUGAGUAUUUUGAGCACCCCUGUCAUGCUAUGUUUCUUCAUAGCCAUAAUGUUUGGAUGAAGUUUUCAUAGUUUUAGCACCAAGGAGGCAGACGCAUACACUGUUAUCAUCAAACAGACAUUAUUAUCAUCACACACAGGUAACAAUUCCAUUUGCUUCCAUGAGCAUUCACUGGAGGCAUUUGCAGUCAAUUCAGUAAGCAGCAAUAAAAAGAUGCAAAAAAAACAACCACCACCCUUCCUUCAGAAACGUAGAUUUAAAAAAAAAAAAUAGGCCAGGUAUUUUGUGGCAAAGGAAAAGCAAAGCCACAGAAAUCAUGAGUAAACACUGACAAUAGCCCAUUGUACGUAUAAUAUAGGAACAUCGGAAACUGACUUAUACUGUCUUCAGACUAUUUAUUCAUCUAGAUUGGUGUUAUCUACUCUGCCAGUGGCCCUCUAGGGGUUCCAGCAGAGCUCUUUUCCAGAAAGAAAUCUUAACUGGAGACACCAGGGAUAGAAUUUAUGACCUUCUGCAAGUGGAGUGUCCUUUGCCGCUUUGCUUGGGUUCCUUUCAUAUAUGUGUGCUUAAGCUCCUUUGGUUUUAACAGGACUUGCAGUUCCAGUCCUAAGCAUGUUUACUCAGAAGGAAGUGAGUUCACUAGGAUGUAAAGGUAAAGAGACCCCUGACUGUUAGGUCCAGUUGCGGACGACUCUGGGGUUGUGGCGCUCAUCUCACUCUACUGGCUGAGGGAGACAGCUUCCGGGUCAUGUGGCCAGCAUGACUAAGCCACUUCUGGCAAACCAGAGCAGCGCACAGAAACGCCGUUUACCUUCCCGCCGAAGCGGUACCUAUUUAUCUACUUGCACUUUGACGUGCUUUCGAACUGCUAGGUGUAGUAAUUAGAUUUAGGGUUGCAACCUUACACCCCAUGCAGUUAAGUCUCAUAAUGUCCAUAACUUGUUUCAGGCAAGAAAAUGUCUUUUUGAGACAUCACUCAAACGUUGAAGAGCUGCAUGGGUACUCGUGAUUGUGCUCAGAACUUUGACAAGGCAUUUUUGAAUGUUCUAAUUUAUGGAUAAAUUAUAAAGUGUGCUGCAUUGGCCAGGCUCCACACUGUGACCAAAAGGAGAAUGCUUCCACUUGCACACAGUGGGUCUGGGAUGCGUGUUUUGGCAGCUCAACUGAGUGCAUUCCAUUGCAUCACAUGGGCAUCAUGCUCCUGGUAGUGAGAGGGGCUUGAAACUACCUAAUCCAUGACUGAUGAUCCACACAUUGAACUUUGGAUUAACACCGGUGUAUUGUUGCAUACCACACCAAUGUCUGAGCAGUGCGAGAUUCCAGGUGCGCUUUACCAGGGUCCGUGUUUCCUUUUGGAAAAUAAGGCACAGCAGAGACUGUGGUGUCUCUAUGAUAUAUGGUUUAUAUUCACAUACAGUGGUACCUCGGGUUAAGAACUUAAUUCGUUCUGGAGGUCCGUUCUUAACCUGAAACUUUUCUUAACCUGAAGUACCACUUUAGCUAAUGGGGCCUCCUGCUGCUGCGCUGCCAUAGCACAAUUUCUGUUCUCAUCCUGAAGCAAAGUUCUUAACCCGAGGUACUAUUUCUGGGUUAGCGGAGUCUAUAACCUGAAGUGUCUGUAACCCGAGGUACCACUGUAUAUACAAUCUGAGCCUAUGAUGGAGGACUUCACAGCAUUGACACUCCAAGUGGUUCUGGCUUCUCCCAUAGAAAUAGCAACCAUGGACUUAAGCAGACCCCAACCAUCACUCUUAAACGUUGCUCUCUAACUCUCUCUAGCCCUCUUUCUAUCUCUGUUGCAUUGCUCUUAACACCCUGCUCUAAGCUUCUGGGUUUUAUCUGUUGAGAGAGGGAGGGCCCAUUCAUCUGCAUCUCACACCUAGUCCUUUGACCCUGCGUACUCUUAAUGGCCCAUUCACACAGGCUAUUACCUCAAAAAGAAAUUAGCCUGACCUAAUUAGCUUUUCAAACUUGUUGAUUCCCUAGAAUUAAAGAGGUGUCUGACAUACAACUUAAUGUGCACAAAUCGAUUCUAACACGGUGGGAGUCUGACACACAAGCCUUAAUUAAAUUCUAACACUAGCUUGAUCUGGAAUUUAGGGUGUUUUGCACCCACAAACUCAUAAAAGUAUAUUCAAUGGGAAGUCCUUUUCCUGAAAUGCUUAGGCUCACCUUAAAGAAAGGAGAAAAACCCCAACCACAAUAAUUAUUAGAAUAAGUAGAGUCUUCCUGUGUAGUUUGACCACAGUGCUGGUUUUUAUUAUUUAUUUCUAUAGCGGUAAUUGCCAUUUCUGUAUAGUUCUCAUCAGUUUGCUGUGUGUGUCACCCAGCGCCUUGGGCAAAGCAACUGUAGCCCUGGCUGAGCAGCAGUGAAGCAUGACAGAGAGGUGUAGCAACUAGCACAUCUGCAGCUCUGCUUCUCAUUCCAGCUUGGGUGGAAGACGAUCAGGAGGCAAAACCCUGCUAUACCAGCCUGGAGCUGGCCCAGUGUUCAGGCCCCAUGGUGUCAUAUGGCAGCAGUGAGUCAAACCACAGUCCAUCUUGCUUGGUGUUUUCUUCAGUAGCUGCCUAUCCAAGGUUUCAGCAGAGAGCAUUCUUACCCUACCUGGAGAUAAAUGCCAGAGAUUGAAUCUAGGACCUUCUGCAUGUAAGGCAUGCUUGCUCUGCCACCCAGCAUGUAUACUUCCUUUGAACUCAGGAAUUUUCCCUAGCAAAAGAGUUCGAAAUUGGAUGCCUGGUUUCCUUUCUUGGUUUCGAGGCAGUCAUAGUGGUUUUUCGUCUUGUAGGGUUUGUUUUCCUUUGGUAACGGAUGAAGUAUUGAAAGAAAUGAGGACAAUAUAUUUCAUUCGUGAAGAAACAAAUGCCAGAGGUGCAGUAUAGAACAGCCUAGUAGUGGAUCAGGCCAAUGGCCCACCAAGUCCAGCAUCCUGUUAUCACAGUGACCAACGAGAUGCCUGUGGGAAACCUGCAAGCAGGAUUCCAGCACAAGAUUACUCUUCUCCUGUGGUUUCCAACAACUGGCAUUCAGAAGCAACAGGAUGCAGAGCAUAGCCAUCAUUACUGGGAGCCCUCGAUAGUCCUCUCUUCCAUGAAUUUGUCCAAUCCCAUGGAUCACUGCUUCCAAUGGAAGUGAAUUCCAUACUUAAACCAUUCUUUGUGAAGAAGCACUGUCUGUCCUGAAUCUUCCAACAUUCAGCUUCAUCGCCUGCCCAUGAGUUCUAAUGUUACAAAAGAGAGGGAGAAACCUUUCACCAUCUUCUUUCUCCUUGCCAUGCAUAAUUUUAUAAACUUCUAUCACAUCAUCACAUGUUUGUCCUUUAGCUAAACUAAAAAGUCCCCAAAUUCUGUAGCCUUUCUACAUAGGCAAGUCACUGCACGCCUUUGAUCAUUUUGGCUGCGCUUUCCUGAACUUUUUCCCAACUCUACUGUAUCGCUUUUGGAGAUGAGGAAAGACAAAUGAAUUCCAAAUUCCAUAUAUUCAUUUGCUGCUCAUUUUGAGCGGUUUGUUUUCCUCUAUCAAUCUGAAUAUGUCAGGUGAGGAUUACUGGGAGAUGGGGAGAAAAUGAGGGAAAGCGACCAUGUGAAAAUCCAAUCUUCAACUCAAAACACAUGUUAACAAAAGUGUUCCACAUUCUGAUGCGUCUUUUUGCCACAGUGAAGCUUCCAGUCACAGUGACAAGGAGAGGGAUUUGUGGAAGCGUAUAAAAGAUGGAGAUGAAGCCUUUGUUUGCCUGUGAAUUCUUUGUCCUUAAACACUGAUCAUUUGCAGAUUGCUCUGAUCCUUGUCUAGUGAAAAUCAGUUGCCAUACAGUCAUCUCUUACCAUUCCUUUAUGCAUUGUCAGUGUAUUCCACACUGUUUUCCUACCUUGUCUGUUCCCUUGUUCUUGGGUAGCUAUUGGUAGUUUAGAGACAUAUAUCAGUGAGAUCAGACAAUGUGCUUGACAUAUUCUUUAUUCAUCAAAGCAUCUAGUCUGUGUGAAUGUGUCCCUUCACAUUCUAUAAAAUGGGAGCCCUUUAUACUAUAUGUAUGAAAUUGGGUGGAUGGUGAUCCAUGGUAGAUUGUAAAAUGCCUAAAAAAGUAAUGCCAUUUUUGUGGGAAACGUGUAAAUCAGGCCAAUGAAGAACAGGUGCAUUAUGCAUUGUAAGCACUGGAAAACAAAUGGGAGUAAUGAAAACUAAUGUGAUUUUGAUGAAUUAAUAACUGACCGAGAGGUUUUAAUAAUAAAAGUAAAUGGAUGUAUCCAUUACUUAAAAUGUUUUCAGCUAGCCAAAGUAGCUUGAUGUACAGAUGUGACCAAGUGAUAAUUUUUGUCUCAGUGCUAUAAAAAGCUUCCCCUGCUAAUUUCUUCGUAUCACACUGUUUUUAAGGCACAAGAGCAGCUUAGGCCACCAUCCAAAGCUUUGGACAGCUAUUGUCAUUCUAAGUAGGUAGGAGAGGUAUAUACUUCCUAUGUACCUGAGAAACUGUUAAAGGAGGCACAUUUGGGCAAAUGUUCAACUUUGGAUAUGCAUUAAUGCUCAAAUGAAGGAAUAAGCUUUGGGUGCAUUUGACCCUGCACUGCCAUGGCACUAUUGCUUUCUCACACAUACUUUCUGAACACAUUUCAUCCCAUUUUGAAUCUUUCCAGUAGUGCAAAGGAAAUUCUCAAACAUAAAUUCCUGGUUUUGUCACAUAUAUUUUUGUAUUCUUGCUAUUAUUUUUAUUAUAUUUUACUGCAUCUUAUUGCCAGAGGACAUUGUGUGCAGGAAAUACAGCCAGAUUUCUUUAUAAUAAUGCUUCUGCUGUAUUCAAGGUUUUUAUGCUCUCCAUCUAUUUAAUGUAUAGCGUAAUCUAGUUUAAUAAACUGUGUUCAGAAUCCUUUUCGCUGCUUCUCUGACUCCACCCCUGUCUGCAAGAACACAGCAACUUCAGAAGAUAUAAAUAUAUACUACAGAUUGGAUAUAAUAUGAAUGGGUGAAAUGCACCCAGUUUUCAUUUGAGAUUAGUUUGUACAAGAGAACAUAUAUUAAAAUGUAAAAAAGUACGUUUAUAGCUUAAAGGCUGUAUCCAGCGUAGUACUAAGUUAAAGUCACUCAGCAGUAUACAUGCUGCUUUGGUGAAAUGUUCUAUGCCAGCAGAAUGCUGUGCAAGAGAAUGCAUUGUUGUUGGUUAUUUGCUUGUACAGUUGGUUGCACAAUCCAUUGGUUGCGUGUCUGUUGUGCAAUGAGUUUCUGCUAAUGCACCUGGAGUGUUGGAUUCCUUUGUUACACAACAUUAGAACUCCCCUGUCUACUAGUGCAAGAGUAUUGGAUACGGGCCUAUAUGUUUAAAGAAAACAGCAUUAAACUUGAGAUUUUUACAAGUCAAAGUAACAGAUUUUCCCCCAACAUAAUAAUAUAUCACACUUUAUAUUCAUUAUAAGGGGCGCAGUUGGCGCUGUGGGUUAAACCACAGAGCCUAGGACUUGCCGAUCAGAAGGUCGGCGGUUCGAAUUCCCGUGACGGGGUGAGCUCCCGUUGCUCGGUCCCUGCUCCUGCCCACCUAGCAGUUCAAAAGCACAAAGUGCAAGUAGAUAAAUAGGUACCGCUCUGGCGGAAAGGUAAACGGCGUUUCUGUGUGCUGCUCUGGUUUGCCAGAAGCGGCUUAGUCAUGCUGGCCACAUGACCCGGAAGCUGUACGCUGGCUCCCUUGGCCAAUUAAGCAAGAUGAGCGCCGCAACCCCAGAGUUGGCCACGACUGGACCUAAUGGUUAGGGGUACCUUUACCUUUACCUAUAUUCAUUAAGUGUAAUGACCGCUUAGAUCAGCUAAGCUAUUUUAGAAUACCUUUUUAUAUUCUUUUGCCAUCUUUUAAAAGUACUCUUUUGUACUAUUGGAUAAUAAUAAACACUUUUUAAAAAUAGAUUAAUUUUUUUAGACCUCAUUGGAGUCUUUAGGAAAAACAACUGCAGAACUGUUCCAGUAGAUUCUCCAGAGUCCUGGUCUGAGCAUAUUGCAGAGUUUUAACUUGCAAAUCUAAGCAUGCUAUCUUGGGAUUAGGGACUGUUGAAACAAGUGGAUUUUAUUAUGUUUAGGAUUUUGUUGCAAGGUUCUGGUUGUUUUGGCUGUUUUUACUAAACAGGAAUAUGAUAAUGUGCACGAUGGCCAAAUUCUCAUAUCUGUAAAAGCUUCAUCUGUUCCACUGAAGUGGUGGAUUGUAUAUGUUUACAAUAAUAUUAUCUGCCCGAAGUCUUUCAAAUGGGAUGGGCCUUAAAUUGAAUACAUAUGCUUACAACUAAGCUGUACUGGAAAACUUUGUCCUACUUAAAUGUUGGAAUUAUUGCAUGUCACGUAGUUGAAGCAUGCAGGAUUACUGCUAAGGAAUUUUGACAACCUUUCUUUAAAUAUUGUGUUGCUGGCGUUUCCGGUAUAGAAAAUGUCAUUCCCAUGUGUUACUGGGAGAACUACUGGGGAAAUUCAUAAUUCUUUGAAUUCUUGGCUCCAAUAGUGUCUGAAUCAAAGUUUUACCAAAAUAGCAGAAUUACAGUGAUAGUGAAGGAUGCUGGAUCCAUCUCUGGAAUCAUGGCACAGAAUACAAGUACAGUGGUACCUCGGGUUACAUACGCUUCAGGUUACAUAUGCUUCAGGUUACAGACUCCGCUAACCCAGGAAUAGUGCCUCAGGUUAAGAACUUUGCUUCAGGAUGAGAACAGAAAUCGCGCGGUGGCAGCAGGAGGCCCCAUUAGCUAAAGUGGUGCCUCAGGUUAAGAACAGUUUCAGGUUAAGGGGGCCACUAGGGGGCGCAUUGGAAGAUGGCCGACAAUACCAUCUCUCCGACCCACACGAGGUAAUUAAGAGGCUGUUAUGGGAAUAGGCAGCCUCCCUUGUUGCCCCAAGGAAAUGGGGAACACUGCCCUUGCCUGCUGUGCCCAUAAAUCACCCCCUAAUUCGAAAGAAGGGGGUGAGGGCCCUAGGCAGAAUGCCCCCGUGUGGACAUCGGCUCUCCUGGACACUGUCUCUGAUCGCGCACUAGUUGCAGCAAUUUGGAAUAAUUAAUUACAAAAGAAGCAAAUGCACAUAUUUCAAGUGAAGAAGGGGAGUGAAGUCUGCUAAUUUAAGUGACCUCUGCGAAAGAAGACGACGGGCUGGAGAAACAGGAAUAUUUUACGAUGAAGAUACACCAAAGGCGGGGUAUGUUGACAACGGGGCUGAAUGGGGGAACCUUUUUACUUUCCUUCUAUGUGAUUUACAAGAACCCCUCCUCAUUAGAACCGUCGGUUGAACUGACCCAAGCAGGAUGAUUAAGGUCUGUGUGGAGAUAAACUUUAACCAAAAGUAUGCUUUAUGGAGACCGAGAAGCAAUAAGAGCUCUUGGGAAUGGCGCAGCAAUUAAUUCGGAGUCGCCAUCUUGCCAAAGGAUUUAUAGCCGGGAGGAAGAACGGAUUUGUUUUCAGACUGAAUUCCUAGUGAAUCUCCUCAGAGGUUUUGAGAAAGGAGGCAGAUUGGUGAAGACUAAUGAUGCUAAGACUGUUUUGAUGUAUGGAAGUGAUGUUAUAUGGAAAACGUCUGGAUAUGGCUACUGGAUAAAAAAAUUAAUAUCCACGCAGGAUUACAAACUGUUCUAACCAGCUUGCGGAGACUAUCAGAGGUCACAAAGAGAAAGGAAAAAUAUAUGAAAAUAACAACAAGAGAUGUGGAAAAAUAAUAAGAAAGGACUGGAUAGUACUAUGAACAUCAUAAGGUUAGAUUUGUGGACAUUAAAACUGCAGUAAGAAGCAAGAAGUUGAUUGGAUCACUUCGGAACUUGAAAUAUGGGUACGCCCAACAAAAAUUUAAAAUUCGGCUGUGUAAUUUGGAAUUUAUGUAAUUUGGUUUGAUUUGAUGUGAUUGGUCGGUUAAUAAAAAAUUAUUCUUAAAAAAAAAAAAGAACAGUUUCAGGUUAAGAAUGGACCUCCGGAAUGAAUUAAGUACUUAACCUGAGGUACCACAGUAUAAACUGUUGUCCUCAUAUGAACUGGCUCACACCAUCAAGCUGAACAUGCCCCUGACAGUUCUAGCUAAGUGCAUCUCUCCUGCUAGGGUGCCUUUUCAAGCUGUGCCUGGAACACAUGCGUCCAUUACUUCAAUGGAAAAAGUGCCACAAUAAUGUGCACCAGAAAUCAGAAGAGACCACUGUGAAAAAAAGCAAGAGAGUUGGAUUUUUAAAGAAACUGGUAUCUGGCACAAUGGCCUGGCCUAUUACAUAGCAAUCUAUUUGUCGUAUAUCAAGUGCCACCCAUGUCCACAGGUUGCUAUUUACCUCUGAUGGGCCUAUUCUGUCAAGAGUAGAUUGGAAAUCUCUCCAUUUCCCACCUUUUACUUCCACCUUCCUGGGUUCUUGGAAGUUUCCAGUGGCCCAAAUGUCAAAUAUUGCCCCUUAGAGCCCACAUGGCCAUACCUGAUUGGAAGGGUCCUCUCUCUUGUCAAUCCAACCCUUGAUAAGACGGAGUUUUUAAAAAUGGGACUUUAUUUCCUAGGGGGAAAUGUCAUUGCUGAAAAUCACGUGUGAGUCUUCUUCAUGAGUAAGUUUGAGCCUCUUCUUUUUGGUUGUCUAGUUUACUCUUUAAGGAAGAUGCUUUCAAGGAUCCUUUGGUCGUCAAAAAUGUAAAGAAAUACAAGCUGGUAGUUUUAUUAAGAAGAUGAGCGGAGAUACAAGGGAUAAGAUGAAAGUUAAUAAAAUGUUUUUUUUAAUUUAGAAGAUUGGAUUUUGCUGUAUACUUUAGACAAGAGAAGGGUUUUUGUUGUUGUGUGCCUCACCGCAUUUCUAGCCUAAAUACUUAGAUCCAGCGGAGGUAGGGAGGAAAACAGAUGGAACUUACUCAGUGGUGACUGCAGAGUUGGCUCCUUGUCGCCCCCUUCCAGGCUGAAUAUCUUGGAGUUCCUCACUUAGGAGUUGGGUGUAAGGAGAGGUGAUUGCAAAUAUAAAUUGGGAUUUUACAAGCCGGCUGUGGCCUUAAAGCAGCUGGGCAAUUGCUACAACCAACACCCUGCUUUCUACAAGUUGAGCAGGAGAUGAAGGAAGAUGGACAAGUAGCAGAAUCCAAGAGUGCUAUUGACAUGUUGGGUGACCUUGGCAGAAUGUUAAGUGACCUCACUGGCCAUCUGGCUACAGAAAGAGCUGGUAUAUAAUCCCAGCAGACCCCAGGAUGUCUUGCAGGUACAAGGACAAACAGAUCUCCCUGAAUCGCUUUCCUACAUUUGCAGCUUGAUCAAAGAAGAUAAGUUUACCCUGGGAUUGUCUUACAAGGCUCUAAAAUACUCAUAUAAUGUUUCCACUGAGACUGGUUUUGCUGCCGAAAAUAAAUAUAUAGCCAUUGUUUUGAUUCUACAUAAAUGCUAAAUGGCUUCAGGGUACACAAGAUGACUGCAGUAAACAAAGGCAAAGGUCAGCAUACUUGGCUAAGGGUAGGAACCUCCAUAUCUCUAAAAUGAAUGCUUUCAUUAGGCCCUCCUUCAAGUGAAUGCUUCAGUGAUGUUUUCAUUGGGAUUCCUGCAUUACAGGAGGUUGCACUAGAUGACCCUUGGGGUCCCUUCCAACUGUACAAUUCUAGGAUUCUAUGAAAAUGCAGUUAAUGGUGCUUUAAGGCACCGUCUGCCACUGGCAAGGAAGAGCAGUGAACUGCACAUGAAAUCUGAUCUGACCAGCCUGUUGAGAAAUGACAUGUACUACUUGGCUUCUGGAACAAACAAUAUAAUGGCAUGAUGAAACCAUACUGCUUUUUUAUAGUUCUUACUAUAAUGUCCUGCUGCUUGCUUGUGUUUUUGCUCUGUAUUAUUCUUUUUAUUUACAUCAAGUACAGUCGUACCUUGGAUCCUGAACGCCCUAGAACUCGGAUGUUUUGGCUUCCGAACACUGCAAACCCGGAAGUGAUUGUUCCGGUUUGCGAAUGUUCUUUUGGAACCUGAAUGUCCGGCAGGGCUUCCGUAGCUUCUGAUUGGCUGCAGGAGCUUCCUGCAGCCAAUCAGAAGCCGCGAUUUGGUUUUCAAACGUUUUGGAAGUCGAACAGACUUCCGGAACGGAUUCCAUUCGACUUCCAAAGUACGACUGUGCAUGUAUUUCUAUUCUGCUUUUCAUCAGAAAAUAUCAGAAACUAGUUUAUUUUAAGAAAAGACAGUGUAUAAGACAGUAAAACCCCUCAGAAUCCAUAGGAUUCCAUUCACUCAUUAAUCACACAAAUUCCACACCUAACUCAGCCAUACCUCUACCUAUGCUCACACACAACACUCUCACUCUCACCAAUUCUUGAUCCCAGUAAUCCCCUGGGUACAUGUACAAAAACAUUCUAUACAAUAACGCAUUUUUAAUAUUAUUUAAAAAAUUAGAAUUGUGGGGUGAAACCCUAGCUGAAUUUUGGAGCGAAAGCACAGACACAGAAGACCAAAGCUUUGACCUCUGGCAUCUUUAGUUUAAAAAGGAGCUGAUAGCGGGUGAUUUGGCAUGAGAGCAUAAGAGCCCAGUGGGAUAGGCCAGAGCCCAGCCUAGCCCAGCAUCCUGCUCCCCAGAGGGACCAGCCAGAUGCUUAUGGGAAGCUUGCAAGCAGGAACCGUGCCAGUAAGUGUAAUACUUGGCUAGAUGAAUAAUGCCUGACCUAAGGCAGCCUCUUAUGCCCCUGUAAAAAGGUCUGAACAUGAGGAAGCACUGACUUACUGUCAGUUAUAUAAAAGCAGUAAGUGCUGUAAAGCAACAGAAAGUACUUAAGUGUGAGAAAUGCAAGUGAGAAAGCAGGAUUCUGGUGGAUUCUACUUGCAUGCCAUCUUAAUGACCCUCAGGGAAUCAACUGUCUUGGCAUAUUACCCAUUCUUGAAAGAGAAAUGAUAGUUAGCUGGUUCUAAUAAUUUAACAAAGGAGAGCUCACCUUUCUCUUUGCUACAUGUAGGAUGCUGCUUAUGUCUGUGUAUAUUGCUUUGUUUACCUUGUGAAUCUAGGAUUGUAAAAAUUCGGAUUCUUUUAAGGUUUCUUGAAUGCCUUCUUAAUUGGUGUGUAUCAAUCAGUUCUUUCGUUGUAGGUUUUGUAGCAUAUAAUUUCUGCCAUGCUUUGUAUACAAAUACCAGAUUCUUUUUGCUGUAAAUUGACAAUCUAGCAUAUUCCAAGUGCAUCUGGCUGAAAAUAUGAGCAUGGGCUUUUUUAUGCACGACAGCAAGUGACUUUUUUUUUUUUUGGCCACCUGACAGUAUCAGUCAUCAUUCAGAUGUAUUUUUGUCAAUCAGUCCAAAAUUGGACCUAAACCUUGACUUGUAGGAUCACUAUCAGAUGUUCUUUGAGAGCUGAAAUAUGAAAAGAGUUUUGGUUGGCCGGUCUUAAGUUGCAGGAGGAAAAGCAAACAACCCAAAAAUAGCCAUCUGUGGUUUCAGACACUUUUAAGAGUCUCUCCAAGUCUCAAAUCUGGGGAAGCAAUUAAUGAAGUAGAAAACAAGGUCACUUACCUAUAACUUGUUCUCAAAAUAUAUAUGCUCCGUGGAUUCACUUUCACCUCUCAAUCCACUGCAUCUCUUGAGGGACUUGCUCGGAAGUUGCAGUGCAAGGGUAGAAAGCGCUGGUGCUUCCUUUUUUAAAAAUAGAUAUUUUUUUUCUGAACAAGUUGGAGCCUGUUCCUUUGCUCUGCCUGCUUCUCACAGGCAUUCUGGUUGAUUUAGAGACAUGUGCAGUAACAUAUAUUUUUAGGACCCAUCUUAUUUAUGUAAGUUGUUCUAAACUGCUUUUAAUAUUCUGUUGUAAAGUUAUGUUGUAACCCACCCUGGGACCUUAGGGUGAAGCUUAAUAGGGACUGAAGUGACUUGAGUUUAAAAACAAGACCACUUAUCCUACAAAUUUCUUCCUAGGCAAACAAUACUCUCCAGGCUUGUUUUAGCAAAAUAAGACUGGAAUGGAGAUUCAAAUUUUUCUCUGUGUGUGUGUGUUUGUGUGUGUGUGUGUGUGUGUGUGUAAGAGAGAGAGAGAGAGAGAGAGAGAGAGAGAGAGAGAAAUUGCAGCAGAUGAAUGGAGCCUUAAUCUACAUGAGCAGUGCUUAUUUGAAAAUGCUGUUGAAUUGCUUUGAACUAGAGAGUGGAGGUUGGGCUACAGCGACCAUGUUUAAAGCAAACACAAAUGUUCCUUUAAGAAAGUGGGAGGAAACCGUGUCAUUGCAUUAUUCUUUGCACACUCUUUAUUUCCUUUUCCUCUGACCUCACUUCUUACCACUGCGAUAUACUUAGGUGUUAUACUUGUAACUCAGGAUAAUACCUUCAUGCACCUGAUGAAAUAGACUGCAGCUUAUGACAUAAUCCAUUUGCUAGUCUUUUUAAAGUGCUUCAAGAUUCUUUGUACAGUGGUACCUCAGGUUAAAAACUUAAUUUGUUCUGGAGGUCCGUUCUUAACCUGAAACUGUUCUUAACCUGAGGUAACACUUUAGCUAAUGGGGCCUCCCGCUGCCACUGCGCCGCCACCACAUGAUUUCUGUUCUCAUCCUGAAGCAAAGUUCUUAGCCUGAGGUACUAUUUCUGGGUUAGCGGAGUCUGUAACCUGAAGCGUCUGUAACCCGAGGUACCACUGUAGCUAUUCCUGCAGCAUGGCUGCCCACCCAAAAAUAGUUAGAAUAUUCCCAUCUUUCUUCAGGUGGACUGCACAGGGACACUUCACAAUGAUUCCAAUCUCUGAUAUUACUAGCAGUGCUAGCUUUAUACAGACGCCAUCUAGCUUGAGUGGUUCAGCUAUGGCUGCACCUGCACAUUUAAAACAGUAUUAUGCCACUUUAAACCCGCAGAAUCCUGCAAACUGUAGUUUGUUUAGGGUGUUGUGAGUAGUUAGGGGACUCCUGUAUCCGUCACAGAGGUACAGUUCCCAGAGCUGUUUGACAGUCAACCCUUUCCCUAGAGAACUCUGAGAAUGGUGGCUCCAGGAGGAGAAUAGAGGUCUCCAAACAAUUCUCAGCACCCUUAACAAGCUACAGUUCCCAGGAUUCUUUAGAGGGGAACCAUGAUUAUUUAAAGUGCUGUGGUACUGCUUUAAAUGUACAGUGCAGAGGUGGCCUCAGUUUAGGUUUCUGUCAGGGAGUGAGUAGAAGAAUUUUCACGAGUUUCAAACUUGGGGAUGGUAAGGGGUGAUUGGACGUGCGGUGGAUGGGUGGCACUUUGUCCAUACUUGUUCGUUAGCGGCUGACCUUUGUUGCAUUUUUAUUUUAUUCCCUGGCGUGCUGUGCAAAGAUAAAGAAUUACUUUGGUUAAAUGAAGUGCAGGCCAGUUGGCAGUCCUUACCUUGAUUUCUGGGUGGUCAGACUACUUCACCCAGGAGUCAGGCAGGGAACAGACCUCUCAGGGUCAGUGGCAGAGGGCAGCCUAGCAAGCAGUUUGGCUGGGGAGAAUCUCAACCCCCAGGCGAAAACAGUUGGCUGUUCUGAUUUCAUCCAUUUAUAUUUAUGUCCCACGCUAUUCCUAGUGCUUCAUGUCAGGCAGCAAUUUUCUCCACAGCUAUUUCUCUUUGCAAUAACCACAUGAAGUGAAUUGCUACGGUUCCUAUUUUAGAGAUGUAGGAAGUAAGACUGAAAACUAGCAACUUAGCAAUGCCUGAGGCAAGAGUUGGGGGCCACAUUUCCGUCAAGUCCAAUGCUUCCUAUGGUUCUUUGGCAUCCUUGCUGAGAAGACUAGGCCUGUGUUUGUUGUACUGACUAUUGCGCAAUAGCAAGUUGUUCUAAACAGCAAACUCAAGAGGGUGGUGUCAACAGAAAUGGAGCCAUUAAAAAACCAGAUGAAUUUGAUUUUAUUUACUGUAUUUCUAUGCUGCUUUUCAAUCAAAUGAAUCCCAAAUCAGGUUACAAACAGUAAAUAACAAUAACAUAAUACAGCAUAAAUCAUAUAAAAUAGCUAACCACCAAUUAAGCAGUUACAGUGAAUGAAACACUAUUAACAAAGGCCCCACUUGUUGAAUUCUGAGGUGUACCUGUAGGGGGCAGAGUUUGUGUCUACUCACAAAGCAUGAACCAGCAGCUGACAUAGUUCUCCACCAUAGAAGAAUUAUGUGCAAUAUGGAUGGAGCCUUUUGUGUAUUGUUGACCUUUCCUUGCAACAGAAGCCAGCAACCUUUAGAGUCUAGACCAGCUCUGCUGGCCAGCUACUAGAGGAUUCACUGCAGGUUGUAGGCAAGAUUGUGUGCAUUAACCUUUGCUCGGUUGACUUCAAGGCAAUAUUUGCACCACCUGCGUGCUAGUCUGUGGCUUGCUUCAUAGGCCAUAGCUCUUCACAAUACCAAGGAGCCACUUGGGCUCUGCAACACUGGAGAGGACCCCAUUAAAUUUGACACAGGCUUAUUUCCAACAGUAGAGUUUGUGUAAAGAAACCUGUUCUGCCCAUGUCUGGCCCACUGUUUCAAUUACAAGUUUUUCAGGUGCCUUAAUUAUUAUUUUUUUAAACCCUGUUACAGCCAUAACCUAAUCCUAAUAUGAAUGUGUGUAUUAAUCUGUACAGAGAGAGAGAAAAAGAGAAGAAAUCAAAUUUACAUAACAUAUCUUAAACACAUUCUUAAUAAAUUAGCCAUAAAUCAUUUCUAAACAUUCAGUAUGAAGUUCAUUAUUUUCUACAUUGUUUCUAAUGGAUGUUUGAAAGUUUGAAAACAUUGAUGAACACGUCUCUCUCCAUCUCUUCCUUACACUCUGUCUGUUACAAGUAACUGUCUAUUAAAAAUGUAAUAAUACUUACAUCCCACCCAGAGGUAUUGUGAGAAUUACUUAAUACUGUAAAACACAUUUCAAGCUGUGAAGGGAAGACACAAUUAACUGCUAAGUGGCACACUUUUAUUAUCCUGAUUGUUCCUAGAUAGGACCAGCAAAGUUGUCCUUUUUAUGAUAAUAUUAUCCCUAAAGAGGCAAGUGGGAUGUAUCAAUUCAGUGUCAUGUUAAACAGGGUGUAGGUGUAAAAGAAUGAGCUUUAAGUCUCGUCCCAACUUCAAAGCGGUUCAGUGUUUCGCAGAAAGUCUUUUUGUAGCAUUGAUCUUCCAUCUUACGUCAUGAAGUAUAUAACUGGCAAAACUAUGGUCUAGAAUCCUAUAAAUAUAAGCAGACAAAGCCAGUUUUCUUUCUUUAUUUGUAUUCUCAGGUUAUCUGAAUGUUUCUAGGGAAUUUGUCAUUGUGUGAAUAAUAGAAUUGGAAGGAGUCCCAGGGAUUUUUUAGGCCAGCUACCACCAACGCAAGAAUCUCAACUAGAUCAUACAUGACAGAUGACCAUCCAACCUCUACUUGAAAACCUCCAAGGAAGGAGAGUCCAUCACCUUCAGAAGGAGUCUGUUCCACUGUUGAACAGUUCUUAAUGUCCGAAAGUUAAAUCCUGGUGUUUAGUUGGAAUCUCCUUUCUUGUAACUUGAAUCCAUUGGUGCAGGUCCUAGCCUGUAUCUUACACAGUGAAACCCUAAUCCUAUCUACACAGUUGGGCUUUCUCCUGCAUAAGUGGGGUUCAGAUUGUAAUCUUUCUGUACAAUGGCAAGAAUCCUAUCCAUGGUGCCACACACACCCCUGUGGCCCCUGAAAUGUUGCAGAAGAUGGAAUGCAGCCCUUAGCAUUGUGAUGCAACAAGCCAGCAAGCCUACUAGCUACAUUCAGUGGCCAGAAAACAACUACUCUUUGUUUUUUUCAGUCCCUGGCCGGCAGCAAUAAAAGGAGCUUUAUUGAGCCCUUAGCAAGGUACUGUACACCAGGAGAGGGCAGAAGAUUAUGUUAGACUCCCAUCAACCAAAGCCACCAUAGCCAGUGAUAAGGCAUGAUGGGAGUUGUAGUCCAACAGCAAUGGAAGAGCAUUGCAUUUCUUUCCCCUGCAAUAAGGAAUUAGAACUGAAAAGAAACAUUGGUUGUUGUUGGGUGGGUUUUUUUUGCAAAUGGUUCUUUUCCAGCUAAGAGGUAGAAUGACUGGAGGCAGCUGCAUUUUAGAGAAUACAAAUCUACUUUUAAACUUAGGACACAGUACAUUUUUGGCAUUUCUAUUUUGUGCCACCCUCAGGCAAGGACAAGAUGAUAUAAUUCCCAAAAGCCAGCUCUGUUUACAACUGUGGGCUGGAAGGCCUGUCAGCCUAUCAGAGUAGUCAUUAGCACAUUGUGAGUUUGGGCCAUGUGUGUUUUUUAAUAGACUUUUAACUUCAGUUUGCGCUGACUUUUAUCAUACCAGAGCAGUGUAAUGGAAAAUGAACUCCGACAGAGAAAUAAUGUUUGUUUACUAGCAAAACACUGAGGUCCAUAAUGUUCAUACGAACAUAAUUUCGGAAGCUUUUAAGCUUCUCAGCUCAACCUUGGCUCCUUUCCUAGCUGUAGUAUUUUUCAGCGGUGGAAAUUAGCAGGUUUUGUUUCUUUGGAUCCUCAGGGAUUAAAAAAACCCAACACCCUGCAAUUUUAGAGAAGCAAGAAGCCUUUUCACUCACUCUGAUCUUGUUCAUCUUGAUGCCUUUAAGGUACAUUCUCUUAGGCUUUUGCUCAAGGGUGGGGAAUCCUUGUCAAGUCAAGGUCCACAUUUCAUUAUGAACAGCCUUCUAGGGUGGGUGGCGGCCAGAAGGCAAAGUGAGUGGAACAUGGGCAAGGGGGGCAGCUGCGCCCCCUAAACCAAGUCAAUAAAUAAAAAUAAAUAAAAAACAGUUUCUACCCAAAUGAAAUUCUGGUUCUAAACGCAGUAUAAGGAGUCUUUAUAGUAUAUUGUAUUUUAAAAUGGGGUUUCAGAGUUUUUAGGGGUUUUUGAAUGUCUUAUGUAGAUUUUUAAAUUUCAUUGUUCUGUAUGGGACAAUGACAAUAAAGAUAUCGUAAAAAAAAACUUAACGAACUGGCCAAUCACGUCCCAGAUAGCUCAGUUCUCCCCCCCCCGCCAGCAUACCGUAUUUUUCGCUCUAUAACACGCACCCGACCAUAACACACACAUAGUUUUUAGAGGAGGAAAAUCCGUAGGCAUGCCACCCGUAGGCAUUCCCUCCAUAACACGCACAGACAUUUCCCCUUACUUUUUAGGAGGAAAAAAGUGAGUGUUAUGGUGCAAAAAAUACAGUAAAUCCCAUGGUGGGCUACAUUCCAGCCAUACAAAAACCAGAGGUUUCUACACUACCACCCAUCGCUCUGUCCAGGCAAGCAAGAGUCAUUGUUGAUCACAUUUCAAUGGCAUAUUCUAGUCAAGGAAAAGCAAGCACACUACACUCUAGAUAGAAACAACAUACAAAAGCAAAAGUUCUUACUGCACUUCUCUCACCCACUUCACAUACAGGCUGCAUUCAAAAGGCAAGGAAAAGCAAGAGGUUUUAGCUCCACCAGUCUUCCUGCAUUUUGACACUGCCACCCACAUGCAUAAACCGCAUCCCAAGGAAUGAGAUUUUCCUUGCCUUUUCCAAUCUCUUACUUCACAUUUCAAUCUAUUGUCCAUCCAGGAUUUCUCCCUCCACGAAAAAGGGAGGGGAAUGAGGAGGAGAGAUGUUAUUUGCAUUCUUCUUCCUCAACAAAUGCAAGGUUCCCUCAUUAAGUGAUAGAAAUCAAUUCUCUCCAUGGUUAGCCUCCCUUGCUCCCAGUCUUCACUGGUAUCUUUUGUUUAAGUUUAGAUGUGACCCUUUGGUUCAAAAUUGCAUUGAUAGAAAGGAGGUGGGCAGAAUACUUGAAGAAUGGUCAACAUAAAGUUUAAGUCAAUGUUAUGGUACGUGAACAGAUGACACUGAAAACAGCAGCCCCUCCAUCUCAUUCUCUCCAUCUGAUAAUGUCUACUGAUGCAAAAUGCAUGUGACCUCUUUGUACUGUGGAGUUUAACUGCGCCACAUGUUAAGUUGUGGGUGAACAUAUCAGACGACACAGCGAUUCUUCAAACAUUUCUUGUUUAUUCACAGCCCAGAACAGAACUGAACUGAAGGGUUCAGCCAGCCUGCUUAUAUAGAGCUCCACUAGAACGCAACAGUAACCAUUUUCUGUAACUAUCCAAUCACUGAACGUCACUUUCAAUCCCUUAUUUGCAUAUGUGGACAUGAGUGAAAACUAUCUACAGUAUCCCCCUGCUGGCCCAGGGUGAGAACUUCAGUACAUAACACCACGUUUGCUAGCAUUCUUAAUCCAGGUCUACUACGAAUGUAUGUGAGAGGACUUGAGUGCAUGCGGUUACAUGUGACUCUGCAAUAUAUGAAAUUUGUCUUUCCCAUGCAUCCUUUUUAAGGACCAAAGAAAAAAGGGAAAGAAAUCCAUUAUGCUGUAUGUGCACAAUUAUAUUUGUCAGUAUCUAUGUCCCCUCCUAAAAGAACAGAGCAAGUUAGAACAAUGUAGGGCGGGCCAAAUCCUCACAAGUCAUGUGUGGCACCUAACAGGGAGCUCAUUAUACCUUCCGUUUCUGCUGUCUACUAAGGGCUAGGAAAAAUAGGGUCGUCCAGAAGCAGAUGGGUUCAUGUGCUGCAGUUGGUUUGGUGUUCCCCACAUUGUGCAUGUUUGACAUAUGGCAAUAGAAAUAUUAUUUCACUCUUUUUUGUUUUUGUUUCUGUCAAGCUCAAGAGAUUGACGCAUUCACAAAUCCUGCUCAACAAGGUUUUAAAAAGACGUUCAAAUUGAAACCCUUUGGAUUCUGGCUGCAGUCCACAAACCACUUAUUCCAUCGUAGGUCCAUUGAAAUUAUUGGGAGUGUUUGAGAGUAAGUGGGUUUUGGCUGUUAGCCCAGGUCUUUAAAGGCAUUUUCCUUUUACAGUAACAGCCCAUAUUUCAUCUUCAGUCAGUAAGCAAUGGUGGAUUUUCUUUUUUAUUAUUAUUCUUUUGUGUCAUUUUUUUAUAGGACACAGCCCCAUAAAGAAGAAUAUUGAAACACAUGUUGCAGAUAUUAGAAGUAGAAAUUAAAAUUUUCCUGUGCCCACUGCUAGGGUAAAUUCAACCAUUUGUUCAGUCACUUUGUGUAUACUGUAUACCCUCUUUCUUUUCUGUGGAACUCAAUGCAGCAUAUAAAAAAUUCCCAGGCUAUCCCCAUUCACCCAGGCACAGAAUUAGAUUGUGGCCUGUUUAGUAUUAGCUGCAUCAUGUACCUUAAUACCAUGCCUGAUGCCUCUUUGUUCUGUUUUGCUCAUUCCUGACAUUUGAAGAUCUUAAAAGUGAGAUGGCUUUAUAUUUAGGGUUCUGUAAGAUAACAUACUAUUGCAUGUUGUCGUAUAUGAGAGUUUUCUGUCAUUCAUUUCCAUAUAGCUUGCUUCUUUGACUACCAAAACAGGAAAUUGAUGUCUUUUGUUAGUAAUUGAUCCAGGUAGUGUUCCUCCCGGGCAAAUUCCCUAGAAAUUACUGAAGCAUAUGUCACAGACAUGCUUGACAGAUAGUUCCCAGCGCAUUUUUCCUGAUAAUCUAUCCAAUUUUUCUAUGCAGCGCAAUAUUUUUGUGUAUUGAAGUUGCAUUUAAUGACAAGGCUGCAUAGAUGGGAAAUAUUAUACCAAGCCCUCUUUUUCUCUAGCUUUCCUUUCCUUUGUAAAACAAACAAAUAAAUCUCUUCAGUGUUUAUUUGACCCUUUUGCCAUUCAAAAGAGGAAGUGGAAGAUAGAAGAGGAGUGAAUUAUUGUGGGUAAGCGAUACCUGAAAGAUUAUCUCAUUCCUUAUAUACACAAUUGAUCACCAUGCUCUGCAGAUAACUAUUUUAUGAGGUCUGUUCCACAUAACGUAGGAAUGUAGUGCCUUUAGUGUUGUGGCCCCCACCCUUUGGAAUUCCUUCCCCUUGAAUAUAAGGCAGAUUCCAUUUCGGUUGUGUUUUUGGCACAUGCUGAAUACUUUUCUCUUAGAACAAGCUUUUUAAACAGAGAUAUUUCCCAGUUUGCAUCUGUAUUAGAAUGGUUUCUAGACUUUUAAAUACAUUUUCAUUGUUCUGUCACUAGUUGUAUUACCCCUACCCCCUAGGCCGGGGAGGGCAGGGUAUAAAUAAAUUAUUAUUAUUAUUAUUAUUAUUAUUAUUAUUAUUAUUAUUAUUACUUUGACUAAUGAUCUAAUCUAACCAGUGAAUGUGGGUUUUUCUCCCAAACAGGCUCCUUUUUUUUUUCCUCUCCAGGGUCAUUUCACAUAAAAUCAACACACAAAAAAAGGGUUUCGUCACCCAACAUCUCGGAUUUUGAAGAAAUCUGGUGUACACCCUUCCCUUAUGGUUGAAAGAAAACCCCUUAAUUUUCCCCCCUCUAUCUCAAACAGUUUUAAUUUUAUAGCACUUCAAAGUUUCGUGAAAUCUGCGUUGUCUGUCCCUGUUGAGACCUUUGGCACAUGUACAUUUUUUUCUUCUUCUCCAUAACCAAUGAUCAGAUCUCUUUGAAAUUUGACACAAAGCUCAAUAAGAGGAUGUGGAUUUCAGGAAAAAAAUACACCAGCACUCAAAAGAUUUUAUAAUGCCUAAAGAGUGCAUUAUAAAAGUCCUGACAGAGAGAAGAUUAUCUCAUCCCAUUGCAUUGUUUCUGAUGAUUUAAAGCAUGAUGUGAAUAUGGUAUACAAACCUUUCCUAUGGAUUGUAGGAAAGUUGUACCCAGUAGCCACUUUUUCCCCACAAAGUCCAAAAAAUGUAAAAUUUUCGUUACAAGGAAUAAAAAAACCAUAAAUUUCAUUCUUUGUUGAGAAAGAGCAUGUCUUUGCAAUAAUUUUCAACAUCAGAAACGUUUGGUUGCAUCAUGACCACACGCUGAAAAUUGAGGUUUUCUAAACCUAGGUUUUCCACCAAAAAAAGUACAUUUUUAAAACAAAUUAGGCAUUUAUAAAAUCUUUUCAAUGCUGGUGUAUUUUUUCCUGAAAUCCUCAUCCUCUUAUUGAGCUCUGUGUAAAAUUUUAAAGAGAUCUGAUCAUUGGUUAUGGAGAGAAAAAAUAAAUGUACAUGUGCCAAGGGUCUCAAGAGGGACAGACAACACAGAUUUCAUGAAACUUUGAAGUGCUGUAAAAUUAAAACCAUUUGAGAUAGAGGGGGAAAAUUAAGGGAGUUUCUUUCAACCAUAAGGGAAGGGUGUACACCAAGUUUCAUCCAAAUCCGAGAUGGUGGGAGACAUGACUACAUUGACAUGACAUGGAAUGACCCUUCAUGCAAAAAUUAAAAUGGGUUUUGUAUAAUGUCAGCUCUUCAUUGGUGAUUUUUAAAUUUAUUUUUAUUUUUAUUAACAGUAUUUAUAUGCAGUCCAAUAACAAAGUUUUCUGGCCAGCUAAUAAUAAUAACAAUAAUAAUAAUAAUAAUAAUAAUAACAACAAUAACAACAACAACAACAACAUCAAAAUGUUGUUAUAAGCCUUAAGAACAAGAAAAAUUCUAACACAGCAUACAACUUAGCAAUAGAGAAUAAAGCUGGUAUAAUAAUAGUAAGAAUAAUAAGAAUAAGAAUAAGAAUAAGAUUCAUCUGACUGGGUUGUCCCAGCCACUCUGGGUGCCUUCCAACAAAUCAAAACAUCAAACACAGUAAAUAUGUAACAUUAAAAGCUUCCCUAUGCAGGGCUGCCUUCAGAUGUCUGCUAAACGUCUACUAAAAGCCAAAGCAAAAUUGUAUCUUUAAAAGGUAUGAGAAGAUUUUUUAAAAAUGUUUGUCUGGCCCCAAACAGAGCACAAAGAAGGCACUGGGUAAGCCCUUUUUUGGAACAAAACCCCACACCAUCAGAAAGGUCCUCUCACCCCAGUAUUCACAGUCUGCACCCCACUUCCUCAGGGCACUUGGAGGAUUAAGGGCCUUUGAGGAUACUCUCAAGGUCUAAGUAGAUAUACGUGAAAAAAUGAUUUUUUUCAAGUUAACAUUGACCCUUCAGUAUUUUAUUUUUACUAUACACCUAUCGCACUACUUCCUUCUCUUAACUAGACAAACACAAAGGGGUGGGGGGUUUUGUAUGUGUUGUUUUUUGCACCGAGGGAGCCUUGAAGCAUUAGAGAGACUAAAUGGUGCUGCCUGGCCAUGGUAGAGCAGCUUUGCAGUAGUGGUACAGUACCUAUAUACCUCAGGAUUUACCCUUAAAUUCUCUGUAGCCUUUUUUUGCUCUCCUAUAAUAUUUGCUCCCUCUCCCUCUCCCCACCUCUCUCUCUCUCUGCUAUUCUUAUCUUGAGCAACUUUUCUGGUUGAGCAAUAUUUUCCAGCAAGCAAACAUGCGAGCAGGAGUUCAGACUUUGCCAUUUUGUGUUAAGUGAUGUGUUCAAGGUGGUUGAAAAAAGCAUCUUACAUUAGCAAAAGAAAAAGAGUUCGGAUUUUACUGUAGGCGACAGAAAAGUUGGUACUCUCAGGUUCAUUCAAGCACAGGCAGCCACUAUUCUAGUACAGGCCACUUCUGGUGGUGAGCUUAGAUAUUGUUCUACUGUUAAAAGGACUCUUGCUUGAAGUUACCAUCAAAGGAGAACAAACUAAGGCAGCUUUUAAUUGGGCUUAGGUGAUUAGAUCAAAAUUAAAAGAUGUUAUAAGGCCAUAUUGUUUGAAGCCUGGCAGGCUGGAGUUACCCAAAGUCUUUGUCCCUCGUUUCCCUGUCACCUUUUUAUGUGUUAGAUCCUGAGAACUCCGAAAAGAAAGAAGCUUGUGGGUGGUUUCUCUCCUGUUAUUCCAUUGUCACUUUUAAAAGACCCCUUGGAAGUUUGUGGGACCCACCUAAGCAACAGGGGUUCUGAGGGCGCUAGGAAAGGUGGAAGGGGCCAAAACUGGUCAGAGAGUAUGCUUGUAAUCGCUGCCCAGUUCUGAAUUGAGCUGUGAGUACAGUUUGCCUUGUACUACCUAUUUCUCCCACCUGAUAUCCCGACAACUGGAAUACCAUUUAAAAUUGACAAGCAUCACGGCAGCAAGGAUGCUCUCAGCCCAGAGAUGGAAAGAAGGAGAAGUACCAACCAAAGAGGAAUGGCAGACCAAGCUAAUGGAAUAUGCAGAAAUGGCAGGACUGACGGGAAAGAUCAGAAACUAGGGAGACCAAGUAUUCCUAAAAGAUUGGAAAUUCUUAAUAAACUUAAAAGACCACUGUAGACAGUUAAAAUCAUGGGCAGGGAUACAAUGACACUGGUAAUGUGAAAUGAAUUUUGGUAGCUAUGAUUUUUUAAUAGGUGGAUAAUGGUAAACGAUGCAGGAAAAAAAGAAAAAUAUAAUUUUUUGGGAAAUGGAACCCAUGGAGGGAGGGGAGGAGGCCUGAAGUUUCAAAAGAACCUUUUUAUUUUUAUGUUUUUGAAUCGUUAUAGUUAUUGUGCAUAAAUUUAUGUAAAACCAAUAAUUCGGGGGGGGGAUAAAGUUGACAAGCAUCAUCAUUCAGUUUAUUAAGAUUAAUCAUAACAUCCACAGCUGCCUGAUGAACACACAAUUGAAUAUUCAUUUUUCAAAAUUUGCAAAAAGUACACCCUACUUUUCAACUUAGCCAGUUUCCAGAGUUAUAUUUAAAAUGUCAAAAUACAGCAAUAAAUAAAAACUGAACAACAAUCCAAAGAUUAAAACAACAUAAACAAAAACAGCAGAUCUACUGAACAGCAGAUAAAACUCAAACAAAUGAAAAACAGAAAAUAAAACCAGCAGGCACGAAUGAAAUGUCAUGCCCCACUUUGUUUCAGAAUCAAAUUUCUGUCUUCCUAUGUGAGUAGGAACCAGGGACUGAUGUAAUAUCCGGGUUCUAAUAUGGGCAUCAUUUGUGAAACACCUUUCAUACGGAAAACUAGAGGGUCAUAGAAUAUUUGAGCUGGAAGGGUCAUUUAGGCCAACUCCUGGCUUAAUGAAUGAAUCUUGUAACUACAGUAUAGCAUCUCUUGGUAGCUGCAGCAAAGGACAGUCCACUAACUCUGUCUGCAACAGCUUGUGCCAUUAGGAAGCUUCCCCCAACAUUUAUAUUUUCUGUGGUGGCUCCACACUUGUGGAAUUCUCUCGCCUUUGUUACAUACCUUUAGGUUCCAGGCAAAAACAUUCCACUUCUCCCAGGCCUUCAGCUAAUUAAACAAUUAAACAGCUAAUUAAACCUUUUAAACUUGCAGGGGGUAUUGUUUUUGUUUGUUACUAUGUUAUGUAUUUUGUGUUUUUAUGUUGUAAAUGUUGGGAUACUGCCAGGCAGACAAAGUCCAUCAUGGCCCCCAAGCCGGCUGCUGGACGAUCCAUCGAUCUCCCGUAGGCACGCAGUAUCAGCAAUUAGCGACAUGAGCUCCAGAAAUAGCCUGCCACAUUCUAGAGCCGAUGCACGCUCUCUAUCAGCAGAUAAUGCACAGCGAAAGUUGCACGCAGGAGAGCAUUAUUUACAAGUUUUAUUCUGCGUUGAUCAGAACAAAGAAAAACAUGACUGCCUGCUUCAGUGUCUCUGACACACAGAGAGAAACGAAAGCAAUAGAAAACAUAAACUUCCUGUGAACAGGAAAUGCGCAGACUCUGUGACUCACAAAGCCUGCUCCCUUUUAAGGUGGAACGGAAAUAUCCUAACAGUAAACAGCCCUGUGAUCCUCAGAUGAAGAGUGGUAAAUAAUAAUAAUAAUACAUGAAAUUUGCUUUCUUGAAAUUUCCACCCAUUGCUUCUAAUUCUGUCCUCUGGAACAACAAAGAACAAAUCUUCACCAUCUUUUGCUUGACAGCCCUUCAGCUAUUUGAGCACAGUUAUCAGGUUAAUCUCUGGACCAAAAGCAUACCCAGCAGUAUAGGCAGAUGCAAGAUUAGGAGGCAAUUCUUGCUUUUGUUUAAGAACAUUAGUCUCUGACCAUAUCCAGCCAUGUACAACUAAUCAUGUGCCAUAAUAAAUGGGAAAUAAAUGUCUCCAUUUGCAUCAGCUCUCUGGAGUCCAGCUAUCUAUAGCAAUGACCGCUCCCCGCUUAAAACGGGGGGCGCCCUUUGCGUGGACGCGCGCAGCCCUGGAUCUGGAGUGGCCCCAUCAGCAUAGGCUUGGCUUUGCCUUCCCUCAGGUGGGAUACCUGGAGGUUCCCGCCUACCUCAGUCAGUUGUCCAAUCCCACCUGGGGGAAGCGUUGCCAAGGAGACCAGGCCAGGUAGGGGGAGGGAUUACCUGCCCACACAAUAGAGGGAGGAUCUUACCUGGGAAUCCUCACUUGGCUCCAGAGCUCUCUGGAGUCCAGCUAUCUAUAGCAAUGUGAAUUUGAAAGUGCCUUCAGAAGUGCAUUGGCAUCUGCACUGCCCAGUUCUACAGAAGUCCAUUUCUAUUUGUUGCUCUCCCAUGCUAGAUAGGGAUGACUAUAUAUUUGCAAUUUUUCUUCCCCUGAUCAGAUAUUAAUGAAGGCAGUUUUUCUUAUUACAUAUUAAUGAAUGCUACAAAAUGAGAGCUCUUUUUUAAGGGAAACUUGCAUGAAAAGCAUAACUUACUUAUUGUAAGUUCCUUCUAGCAAUAAACUUUACAAAGGCAGGUUACAACUUGCCCCAAGUUUGCCCCUAGGCAGUAAAACUGUGCUGUUGAUAGUUAUAUAGCUUCACCUAGUUCCAAAAUGCUUGCUCCCUUAUAUAGCCAUUACUUGAGACUUUGGCAUUUAUAAGCAAUGGUAUUACAGAAAGCUUACUUUCGUGACAGUUAAUAGCUAAAGGCCAAGUUCCAAAGAAGCAUGAAGGAAGAACUGUGUGGAGCUUUUCUUUAUUCUUUUUGCUGUUUGUUUUUUGUUGCAGCGGUUCUCACUACCAGAGACACAAGCCUUUUAAAAAUCUGAAUAGUAGCUUUCAUCUUCGGAGGUUAAAAAGAAAACACAACAAUUCCUUUGCAUGCAGUUUCACACAAUUUCUGGCUGAAGUGAUUUCAAAAAACAAAAUUGCACAUCUAUCACAAACAAUUUAAAAGAAAAUACAGGCCGCACAAGCUAAUAUGCUGUGUAUUUUAGCUUGAUGCCCAUAUGCAGGGUUUUGGGUUUUUUCCCCUCUUUUGUACAAAUCCCAGGACAGAGAUAUCACAAAUAGUAUUAUUGACCUCAGAUGGAAUCUUCUUGGGCAUUCUUUGUGGGACAUACUUAGUUCUUGCCAGACAUCAAUGUAUUGGAGGGGAAGAUGGUUAUUGGUGAAAAUGUGAUCUCUUGGAAAGUUUUACUGCUAUUAUUUUAUUUACUGAUGAUUGCUUCAGAACUCUGAGGCUUCCUUGUCCAUAUAGGAUGUUUUAUCGCACUCUUGAGCAGUGUUAUCAUGCAUCAUUGUAUGAAAUAUGACCAAAAGAUGGAAGUUUUUCAAAGGGUGUUUUUUUAGCGUGCAGCUAAACACAAAAUGUAGAGUUGGGGGGAAUUAAUGGAGUUGGAAAGCUGAUAAUGUGCAGUUGGGAAAAUGAGAAAGUUGACACAUUAAGUAUAUGUGUAUAUUAAACAAUUAAAUGACAGUCAGUGUCAGGGACUGCAUGCUGACAAAUUAUAUAAGAGUAGAAUGUGUUCCUGCAGUUUCUUUUUGGUCAGAACCUCCUUCACCUUACAUCCUUGUAAAUACCCGUAGAAUGCUUUGGUAUCUAUUAGUUACUGAACUAAGCUAGAUUAAUAAAUGAAGCAUUGCUGUGCAGUAGAUAAUAACUGGUGACUUCUAUGGAGAAAGCUUCAGUGAUACAAGGUUUAAGGAAGGAGCAAAGCAUGCUGGGCAGCUGAGAUUGGUGGGGCAGUGCCCCAUUUGCUCUUUGGAUCAGCCCCCACUGCCCUGAAGACACCUGUGUAGACAGCAUAGUAUGUACCAGAAUCUGGGAAGUAGAAGAAGAACCUCUAAAAGCUAAAACAUCCUGCCUGAAACAUAAGCUGCUAUCUAAUCUCUUAAAAUUAGAGCCGUUUGGGUUCAUCCAGAUUCUGGAGCAUUGAUUUUGGACAUCCAGUGUGGCCAAACUGUCUCCUAAAACAACUGACUGGGUUGAUCUGUCCCCAACGAGAAAAAUACCAUCAUAAAGCUGUUCACUGCAAUCCACCACUUCCUUUCAGGAUCUGGGACUCCUGCUGCUUGCUUUUCAGAGACAUUAGAAAAGGUAACUAGAGCAUCGGAGCUUUGAAUGGAUUUGGGGUCCGGCCCUGGUCUUUGCUCACAUUUGGGUGAUGAUACUUUCCAUGAAGGGUUAUUGGGGUUGGUGGUUGGGGAAUAACUGCAGCAGGGCCUUCCCCCAAACCACCACCCAUUCCUCCUAAUAUUGACUUUAAAUUAGAAUAUUAGGGGGGGGGGAAUUACCUGGAUUUCCCCUAGCAUAAGCCUGUUCAACUCCAGAUUUAUAUUGCCCAGAUUACUAGCUAUCUGAACCUGAAACUUUUACAUCAAGAAGCAAGUGUGAAAAUCUUAUACUUUAAAGACUGGCAUUCAUGGCAUAUGCUUCCUGGUGCCUAUAAAACGGAAGACCUUUUUGUGAAUUAGUGAACACUGGUAAGGUUAUUGGGGUUUUCUAGCAUUUUAAGCAACUUCAGAAAAGGAAUGUGAUUUAACAAGCGAAUAUCCCAGCCACAUGCCACAAAUAAUUUAAAUUAACACUUCCAUUUAUGGUCUCAUAUUUAUUGAAUAUAACUAUAUCUGCUCUUCGGCUUGCUAUUGUCAAGGGUGCCAUACUGUGCUGUCAUAUCCUACUUAAUCAUGUUUCAUCGCUAAGGGAUCGUUGUAUGCAUAAGUAAGCAUUAGCAUGCAGAGCAUAACUUCUGGGAAUAGAUAUCAGCUUUUAUUAUGAGUUCAUCACCUGACUCAGAGAGGGCAAAGCACUGCAGGUCAAAAAUGCAAGUGCCAAAGAAACGUGAAGAGAGAGACUGUGUACAAGUGUCGAUAUGCUAAUGCUAGAAGCCCCUGAGACAAGAUUUGUGAACUGGAGUGCUGGGUCUUAGAGGAUGGCAUUGAUCUGGUAGGCAUAACUGAAACCUGGUGUAACAGAGAGAACCAGUGGGACAUGUGAGACACUGCCAGUGCAUCUACUUGGCCCUGGCCUUACCUGUGCCCCACACCAUCCCAGUAAGCAAGAAAUACACCACUGUUGACAGGGCAGCAGCACAACACUGUACCAUCUACUCCUGCAUGCUCCCUUCCUGUUCUUUUAGCAUGCUAGUUGUACCAGUUUCAAAGGAUGGCUCUGCCAUUUUGGAACUGGCCAUCCAUGUGGCGGAAUUCUUCGGUGGGGAUAAUGUGAAUUGAUUCAUUGGGUCGAAAGCCAGAAAUUAAGAAUAUAGCAAACAUUUUCAAAGCAGUACAAUUAAGGGGGUGAAACUUCAAGGUUGUCAAGGGAACUGGUUUUCUUGAAUGAGGGUUUAAUUGAGUGACCAAUCUCCUGAAAAGUUUUUGCAUUCAAUUCCAUAAGAAAUCUGAAUACAUGGUUAAAAUUAAUUUUGGCCCAUUAAUUAUAUAGCCAGUUAAUGUACUGAACAUACCGGUAUUGCAAACAAAGUCCUGUAGUUUUCUGAGUAGGGGGGAAAUAAAAAUAAUUAAAUUAAAUGAUGUGCUUAUCAUCCUGGGAUUUUAAAAAUUCAUUCCAAUUGUAUUCCUGCUUUUCUUUCUAUAGUAUGUGAAACUGUUUUUGAUAUACUGUUAAUAAAUAUGAGAUCUGUAUAUCUCUUGGGUCAAAUACACCUUAAUGUUACUGACCCAAUCUUGACAGGACAUGGCAGCAUCUCUAUCUCCUGUACUGCUUCUGAGGUGAAUCAUUCAGUCUCUGAGAUAGAUUCCUGACAAUUUAAAAAAUUGUGGUGGUGUUGGUAAUAAAUCCAGCGACAAAACUUGAGGCUUACCCCUCUUCCCUGUCAUCUUUUUUCCCCUGCUCAGUGAUUGAUUCCUUUAAUCCCCCUUUGUUUACAAAUAAAAUUUGGUUCUGUAUUGAUAAAUGACAUGUUAGAAAGGGAAAGGUCAAUUGCACCACUUUUAUUUACUGUCCAAAAAAUAGCUUCCCUUAGUCUUGGGGCAACUGAUGAAAUCCUAGGGUCUUAUUGGGGUUCACUCUGGGUCCAGAACCACUGGAAGUAGCCAACUUCCUACCUUCUUCACAUUGUCAUGACACUAUUGUGGUAUAGCGUGGACAAGGCCUAGUCACCAUAGCAACCAUUUCUCUGUCUUUCCCCUCAGUUCAGAAUCUAGAGGUCCAAGCCGAAAAAAUCUCUGUUCUCCAUUGCAAUUGGAAACAGAGGCUGUUUAUGAGCCAUAGAUUUGAACCAAUUCCAUUCCAUUGCUCUAUGGGCCUUUGCUUCAGUACUCCUGAACACAAACCGCACACACCCAAAACAAAGUAACAACAACAACAACCUGGUGCAAAAUUUCUAAAAACUCACACAGCUUUUUUUCCCAGUUUUAAUCCCAAUCUGUCUACAAUAUAAUGAUAGGUUAAAUUAGUUACUUAUAAAGCAACUACGUAAUAUAUAGUAUUUUAGAAAUAAUAUAUACGCUGGUUGGUAGCAGCCCCAGUGACAUGAGAUUUUUUUACAAUCAAGCAGUAUAUAAAUUUUAUGAAAUAAAUAAAUAAUUUAUUUCCAGGGAUAGAAUCCUGUGUCUGUAUAUUCCUUUCUGUUUUAUGGGUUAAGCUGGUUGGUGGUCAAAUAACAAUGCUGAAAAGGUAAUGAUUGGUAUUAGAGCUCCCUCUAUGGGGUUUAUAUGUAAUUGCUUAGUUGCUUGUUUGUCAAUGUAGAUGUGUUCUAGAUAAUAAUAUUUGCUAUUCUGGUUAUUACUAGCCAGUGUCAUUAAUUCUGAAUGUAUUAAAAGUAGUGCCAAUCCGAAGAAAGAUAACUGAGUUUCUUAGCGCUAACAAUGUAUGUUAAAUUGAUAACUUUGAUAGCAUAGAACACAGGUUGGCUUUCAUAGUACUAAUUGUAAGAGAUUUAUUUUGUGAUUUUGGACUUUCUCUUUAAGGUGUAUUCAAGUAGGAAAAUUUAUGGAUAUGUAGCUUCAAAAUGGUAGCCAAUGGAGAAGUUGUUGCUGUAGUAACAUGCACUAACUACGGGUUGCUGACUGAGCCAAAAUCGGUAGGGGACCUUAGAGGAAAUGAAUAGGAAUGGGAGUGAAAUUUGAUUCAGUGCACAUUUAAAGUUGAAUUUAUCAAUUAGACACUUUCCAAAGCAAUGUGAAAACCGAAACACAGCCAUCUUUCAAAAUUUGCACUUAACCGAAUUCUGUGACGCAAUUCUCCAACCAAUGUUUACAAAAAUGCAUUAUAUUAGGAGAGUUUGCUUGCAUAAAUGUGUGCAUUGGUCAAAACUGCAGACAAAAAUGUGUUUACUAUGAGAAAUUCACACUAAAAUACUGAAGAAUUUCCAUGAGGGCUUUUUAUAAUGAAAUCGACAAAUCACUGCAGAAAUGUGGAGAACUGAAUUUAAGAAUGGAAAAAUGAGAUCCUUCCAACCCUAGAAAUGAAUAUGUGCAAAUGGGCAUUCAGAUUUUGGCUACUUGAGGGUGGCUACAUCAGGAUGUUGGAGCCAAACAUAUUAGCCCCAUGGCUUCUAUUGGCAUCUAGUCUUCUGGUAACUUAACCCUAGGUUGGAAACAGCAUCAGCCACAUCUGAGACCAUUUGGAAGUGAUGUUUCUAAAAAUCUUAAGCAAUAAUAACUCUGGCUCACUCUGAAACACUAUAUUUCAAACCUAAUUGGAAUUACCCUGUGUCAAAUGGGAACAGACACGUGAGUGAAUUCUUAACACUGUAUUAUCUGGCUUGAUGCUUGUGAACGGUGGAUCUUUUACACAUACAAAAGAUAGUGAUUUAGCCUCUUAUUUGCUCUUAGUAUCUUCUCAAACACCUGUGAUUUUGAUACAGAUUUUUUUAAUGUUCACAGCUUUGCUGCAUACUUACUGUUUUGAUUAUUUUUUAUCACAUUUCUUCAUCUAGAAAAGUAACACAGAAGCAUUAGAGCUCCACUUUAUAUAGGAUAAAACAUUGCUAUCAGUGAUAGACAUCUUUAGAGAAGAUCAAACCUAUCCAUUCUUAAGGAAAUCAGCCCUGAGUGCUCACUAGAAGGACAGAUCCUGAAGCUGAGGCUCCAAUACUUUGGCCACCUCAUGAGAAGAGAAGACUCCCUGGAAAAGACCCUGAUGUUGGGAAAGAUGGAGGGCACAAGGAGAAGGGGACAACAGAGGAUGAGAUGGUUGGACAGUGUUCUCGAAGCUACCAGCAUGAAUUUGACCAAACUGCAGGAGGCAGUGGAAGACAGAAGUGCCUGGCGUGCUCUGGUCUAUGGGGUAACGAGGAGUCGGACAUAACUAAACAACAACAACAAAUUGGUCAUAGAAAAAUACUACUAAGCAUUACAGUACUUAUGAUUGCUGUUGCUAGUAAUUACUGUAGUGCCUUGUCACAGUGACAGUCAAAUGUAAAAAUCAAUACAAUGUAAAAAAAAAAGUCAUUCAUAUGAGGUAGAAUAAAUGAUUACUGGUGGAAAUCUUUUGAAGGCCUUUUAAAAAAAAAAUGAAUUUUCUGUGCCAUAAGUUCAUUAGUAACAAUAAAUAAAUACCAAGUUUUAUCAUUUCAGCUUAUUAUUAUUAUACUAAAUACAAGAAAAAUUAACAUGCUAAAUUAGAUCACUCUAGCACAGAGGUAACCAAUGUGGUGCCCUCCAGAUGUUUUGUUGGACUACAACUCCCAUCAUCCCUGACCAUUGACCAUAAUGGAUGUGGGUAAUGGGACUUGUCGUCCAACAACAUCUGAAGGGCACCACAUUUGCUACCCUUGCUCUAUGGAAUUUCCCAGUGCAAACUGAAAAUUAUUGAAAACAUUUACAGAAAACGUUUAUUUCCCCAGGCCUUAAUUUUUCAACAUUUCUCAUAAAUUCCUAGUAUUUUAUAAAACAUAUUCUAUACCUAUCAUUCUUUUUGGGUAAAAGGUCCCAGUCCAGCACUUUUAAAAGAGAAAACAAAAGACCUGCCUCUCCUGACCUCAUGGUCCACUCUAACUGCAGACUUGGCAUAAGAACACCUCUGAGAGGACUCUGCUGGCAUUAAAAAGAGAGUUCUGAAACAUCGUGCAAGGAAUGAAUCUUUACAACCACCAGGGAUGCUGAAGAACAUCUUUGUACAAGUUAUACUCCGAACAGGAUAUUUUGCCCUCAUGAAUGUGAUUUCAAAAGAAAUCAAUGAGGAUAACAGCCAUGCAUUUGAGAACGGAAGUCAGCUGUAAUCUAAGAAGAAGGGUUACAAAAAUAGCACAUUAACAGGGCAUUGCGGCAUUAGAGCAGCGAGUCAGCAUCUGAUCGUGUCUCUAGGGUUGUUGGUUGGAGUAAAAGGGUGAGAGGGUAGAGCCAAAGGAGAAAUUGUGAUCUUUAAAAUCAGUAAUUACUCUGAACUUGUGUGGCAUCUGCUGCUAUAAAUAGUGUUUAAUCCAAGGCUGGAAUUACUUUUGACAGGAAUCAGAAAUUAUAGUACUUAAGUUAAAUCUUUCCCCUUUUUAGUCCAGUUUUUAUCUUUGUGCAGUACUGCAUGCAGUUUGAAAACAUUUUAAGGUACUGUAUUUGACUAGGUUAAAUAAAACAUCAGGAAAAAUGACAUUUUAUUCACACAUUUGUUUUGCAAGCCCCUCAGAAUUCAUUACUCACCCAGGGGUGAUUGACUCUUUUUAGACUUAGGGACAGAACUUAAUCUUGUGGGAAAAUUCGUACCAUGCCUCUUCUUCUCUCCUCUUCCCCCCCCCCCAUAUGAUUUUUCGUGGUAUAUUUAGGGCUACAAAUAUAUACAUCUGUAUGUUUUAAACAGAUUAUAUAUAUAUAUAUAUAUAUAUAUAUAUAUAUAUAAUCGUUUUAAUUCUAUCAAUGUUUAAUUGUAUUUCAAUGAUGGAUUGCUCUACAUUUUAGCAGUUCUUGUAUUUAUCUGUAAGCCACCUUGAGUCCCGCCAGAGAAAAAGGCGAAGUAUAAAUACAUAAAUAAUAAUAACAAUAAUAAUAUUAUCAUCUGUAUUGUUAAAUCAUACACCUUAAAAGAUGUCUAUAGAAUUACAAGGUUUGUAUAUAAUUCUUCAAAAAUAUACCAUUUUAAAAAACUGUCUAGAAUGUCUAAACUGUGGAGACAGAUAAAUUAUGGAAAUAACAUUUUCUGUUUGAUAUUUUUUAUAUAUUGUUGCAGCCCAGAAGAUGGUGAGAUUCAUCCUGAGAUCUGUAGACUAUAUAUUCAGUUGCAGUGUUGCUUAGAAAUGUAUACGACAGAGAUGCUAAAAUCCAUAUGCCUACUAGGAUCACUUCAGCUUCAUCGAAAAGGUAUUCACCUACAUCAUAAAUGCUCUUGAUCUUGCUUCAUUCACUUCACUUGUCAUUGGCUAUGUGUUAAACAGGACUUUUGCCAUGCAGCUUCAUCUGUUAUUCUCCAACCAGCCUGCCUAUGGGAUGUUAGAACGCUUUUAUGCCUCAUUCUGGACAACUGUGUCCGUGCCAAAAUGCAUCUAGAAUUCUUGAAAACUUAGCCUACACUGUUGAUUUCAGUGGAAUAUGCACAUGGAUUAGUUGCUUCCAUUGAAAUAGAAAGAAUCAAUAUAUUGAUCAUAACCAUAAGUCAUUACAAGAUAAAAUUGAGAUAAGUAGCAAAAAAUUAUUAUAAAAUCCAUCUUACAUAUUUAUUAAAUAUUUGUUUGUUUGUUACAUUUAGAUCCUGCCUUUCAUCCAAAGAGCUCAAGGUCAUGAUCACCCCACACUCACAUCCUAUUCCUUCUUCCUUAACUCCUCCAUACGCAUAGUUAAAAUUUAUAGUUUUGCAGGAAUUUAGACCCAAAAAUCCCAUAUCCAAGAACAACACUAUUUCCAUUGGCCCGUAAUCAUUAAAAGAGAUGCAAUGGUUUCCUUUUAGGACUGUAGUUCCUCUUUGGUUUUUCCACCUAAAUAGGCCUCGGGUGAAUUGAUUGGGAAGCUGUGGUCCUCUUGUUGGAUUCCAUCAGCUCCGGCACACAUGGCUAGUGGUUAGGAAUGAUAGGGGUUGUUUUUUCCGGAUUGAUGUUUGCCUUGAUUUAUAGCUAAAGGGUGGGUUUUCCCUAGGAAAAGAGUGGGGCAAGGGGAAAACCUCUCGUGCCCAUGCUUUUUAGGCAUGGGACAAUCAUGCCUAUGGAUGAGCCCUAAUGCCCUAGUCCCUUCGUCCUCUUCAAUUCUUUCAUACUUAUCAGUGGGCUGCACACUGAGCUUGCAUAUGUCUAUCUGGCAUAGAUUGUGGUGUGUUAUAACAUAUCUAGCAGGUUGCAUUUCAUCAAUAUAUUUCACAGCUGCUGCAUCGUCUAUGCCUAGCACUAUUGGCUCUAUGUACAGUUUUCCAAGGAAAAGUCUACUGAGCUAGCCUAGUUGAUGUGUGUUAGCUUUUUCAUGGAAGUUUUCAUGAGAACCAGAAAGGGCUGAACAAAUGUUAGCAUUUGUGAAUAAGUAUGGCCCAAGUCUGGUCUCUGCUGGAGGAGGAGAGGGGGAAGACUGUACUUAUAGGUGUUUAGCAAAAGCAGGCUGUUCUGUUCAGCACUUUUGCUAACUUCAUCUUCCUCAUGGGUAUAGAACAACUCUGCAGAAUCAAAGCCUGGGGCUCUUUGUUGCUUUUUAUAUCUUUUGUAAAGUUCAGCUAGUUACCCAAGUUCAGACUACUCCUGGAGGGAGCUGACCUACAGGAGGAAAAGUAGGCUGCUUGUAUAGUGGAAAAAAUCUCAAGAACAAAAAUAGCUGCUCCACAGAAAUACAUCGAGCUGUUUCUAAUCCAGAUGUGCCCUUCUCUUGCAAACACGAUGCUUUCCUCCCACACACUAAUUGGGCAGAAGACAACGUUAGCAUGCCUUGUGUAGGGCACAUCUACUGUGGAGCCAUAUAAGAAAUGCAUCUCCGCUCAUCUGUUCCCUGUUAAUUCAUGCCAGUAAACAAUACUAGGAAAUGUGGGGACGUACUUUCCAUCAAUAGGACCUGUUCUUACAGCUGUCAUUAUUUAUAAAGCACAUUUAUAUAAGCGGUGAAUGCUUUUAAUGCACAAAUGCUGUUGGGUUUUUAUAAUAUUUUCACAAUAAGCCCUCAUUUCUGUAGUAGCUUGCUACUCUAAAUGCCCAGUCAUAAUUUGGGGAGCUGCUGCAGCGUAAUGUGAGUUGGGAAGCCUCAUCUGGUUCAAAUAUUUACUUCAACCAUGAACUUGCUGGGUAGCUUUAGGCAAGGCAGCAUUUCCUCAGCUUUUUUCUACCCUCUCCCCAAUCUGUAGCAUGGCAACAAAGAUAUAUUUUACAGCAUUGUUGUCAGGAUUACUAAGGAUACAUUUGAAGUGUUUGGCACAGUCAGGAAAAGUGUUACAUAACUGCAAAUUUUAUUAGAAAAUAUUCAUAGGGAACAAAGGAAGGUAGCCUACACCAGGUCAGGUGGUUUUUCCUUUUAGCCCAGCGCAGUUAGAAAAGUAUCCAAAAUGACAUACCCAGACAGUGCUUAAUUGCAUCCACCCCUGACUUUGGGUUAACUAUAGCCUCCAAGUAGGAAUAGAGGUGAGUGGUCUUUAUUUGGAAAAUGUGGUGCAAAUUGAUCUCCGCAGGCUUCAUCCGUUCAUCACCUGGGCCCAUGUGAAAGAGGCCCUAACCACUCAAAUUAGAUUCACUGGCUAACAUUGUGCAUUUGCAAUAAUAAUAAUAAAUUAAUUAUACCCCGCCCAGCCCAGAGUUUCCCCAGCCACUCUGGGCGGCUCCCAAUCGAGUCUUAAAAACAAUACAGCAUUAAAUAUUAAAAACUUCCCUAAACAGGUCUGCCUUCAGAUGUCUUUUAAAAAUAAGGUGGUGGCGAGGUAAAUUUUCUUCACUACUGUUGCCACCACAGAGCAGACCCUAAAGUGGUUUAUAACUAAAGCUGGAAUGAAAUAUUUUGUCUAGCUUUUUCCAGGUGAAGCAAAACACCCCUUCCAGUGUUGAUUCAGUCUUUUCGGAGCAGGUAAAAUUAUUUCAUAGGGAAGUCUCACCCUUCAAAUAACAGGUAGCUGAGGGUGGUUCCUUUCCCUUUUAGCUGUUUCAAGGUGCAGCUUGAUUGACCACAGCCAUCCAGUAGUAUCCAUGGGGACAGAACAUCCCUGGGAAUGAUGCAACAUUAAGACGUAGCAUUGCUCUCUGGAACAUUCUUGUGGAGAAAAGAUGGCUUCCCCCAUGGACAUCUAGUCAGGGCGAUUGAAUCCUAAUAAAGCACAGCUACAGGGUUCUAUAUUUUCAGGAAUUCUUCUUUGCUCCCUAUUAGGCAGCAACUUAAUACAUGGAAAGGUUUUUUUAGUUGAAAUAUGGCUAGGAAAUGUUGUUAUUCAAAUAUUUUUUCACUUAGGCUAAAUAUUUCUAUAACUAAUCUAAUUUUUAAGUAAGUUGCUGAGUACCACACAGAUGUGAUUGCAGAAGUGUUGAGUGCAUCUAUUGGAUGGUGCAUGUAAAAUCUCAAGUCCAAACCCGCCCUCCAGCCUGCCAUUUUAUCUACAGUACUUCUUUUUAGAGCUGAGCACUUUCCCCACUAAAAUUAGCCGUGAAGCAUGGAGAGAGACCCUUAGAAUUGUCAAAACAACUGGAAUAACUCUUAAGGAACUGCUUUUUUCACCCACUGCUAUUCACAGACUAUGUACUCUUCUUUUCUUCAUUUUUUUUUAUUGCAAACAUAGCACGAAAAGCGGUGAGGAAAGAAACAAAGUAAACUCCCAUUAACAAUAAAAUAAUCCCUUGAGAAAGAUCAAAAUAAUCUCAGCAAUCCUAAUUUAAAUAAACACACUAAUAUAGACAAUCCAUAUGUUCUAAUAUGAAUCCAAGCGAGGUUGACGUUUAUAAAAUAGACCUUGAAAUGUAGAAAGGGCAGUAAGAACUUCAAACCACUGAGUAAUGGAUGGUGGGUGUUUGUCCUUUCAACCUUGAGCUAUAAGUCUCUUUGCAGUCAUAAAGACUCACAGGAUCCACUUUUGUCAUACCCUUACACUCCAGUGCUAAGCACACUAACUUUGGUUAUUUAUUUUAUUUCAAAUACAUCUAAAACUAUUAUAUUUCCAUGUAUGAAUUCGUUGUAUUUAUAUAUCACCUUUCUGCCAAGAUAUCAAGGUGAUUUACAUAUUUUAAAAUACCAAAGCAAGCAUGUCAUAAGAGUUUUCUCAGAUCCUUUAAGUGGCCCUUUUAGGAGCUGACAGCCUCACUUUAAUAUUUAUUAUCUACUUUUAUUUCUCAAAGGAAACCAACAGCAGGCAAGGGGGGCGGGAAACAGGUCAAUGCAACAAUGUCAGAACAGUCAAUGUAACCGCGGUUUGAACAAUAAAUUAGAAAUAAUUCCACAGUUAUAGCAAAUGAACAUCAAAACAGUGCCACAAAUUCAAAAUGCCUAUGAAAAUUCAGGAUGACAUGCAUUAAAUGGCAAUUCAGUUCAGGAAUGACAUAGUUUAAAAUCCAAAAAUAUAGUGGGGCUAUUUCUCUGUACCAAGGGUAACGUCAGUACACACAUCCAAUAAACGUAGUAACCUGUCUUGCAAAGGCUAAAAUGGCUUGGGCUAUUGUCAGGAAUGCAGCCCAGGAUUGGAGGAGUGCACAGAAACCUAGGCAAUGCUACCAGCUAUCAAAAUACAGUAUAAUUUCAUUUCUUCAAAAGCUGUUAGUCAUGCAAUACAUUCACACAUGCUCUGCAGUGAUACACUUACCAAGAUACUUGCUCUGUCUAACUAGAUGGCCAGUCCAGUAGCAUAGAGAGAUGUAUGAAGUGGGUGCCUAUUAUUAUUAUUAUUAUUAUUAUUAUUAUUUAUAAAUCCGGAGGUCUCAGUUUACCAAUGUAAGCUUCAUAUGCUGUUUGGGGUGCUGCAGAGGUCUUCAACCAAAAGUGACUCUGGGCCCAAAUUUCCUAUAUGGUGCUUAAUCUGUUGCUACUUGACUAGUGAACUGAUGUGCUGAAUGCAGAUAUCUUUGGAAUUGCAAGGAGUUCUCUAAAUAUGUGACCUAAGGUCAUAAUCUCUGACCUCUAGAGGGCAAAUGGGCAUAGCUGUCCUGAAACCUUACUCUCUUCUUCCAAGGGCUGCUCUCAGUAAACAAUGUCCUGCUUAUCUGUUCAGCAAGCUGUUUUUUCUUUGUGGCAUGCUCACAGUCUAAGCAUUUCGUAAUUCAUCUCAUCCCUACAAUAAAUUCUUAAUCACAAUGUAAUUGAUUACAUUAACAAUAAUAAUAUUAUAAAGGUAUAUGAAUAUUUGCAAAAUCUAUAGCCACAUUUGGCAAAAUAAUAUCUGACUUACUGCGUUGUGGGACAGCAUUGUCUAGAUAAGUCCUUAGGCAUGUCUUCCACAAUCCUUGAAAAAAUUGGUUGGCCUAACAGUUAGAUACAAGUCUGACUACUGCCACAUCCUGAAACCUCUUCUCCGUGUGUACUUCAUAAAAAGAAGCAGAGAGAAGACUAAUGUGAAAAUUAAUCCUACCCAUCAACAGGUGAACCAGUGACCAGGAAAAUCUUGAGAACUGUCUGGCAGCUUAUUGUUAGCCAUGCCUCAUGACAAAUUUAGGAAUUUACAAGGUGUUGGCCUUCUGUGCACAGAUGCCACUUCAGAGUUACCCUUUGUCUGGGGCUGAGUUGCUGCACUGGAAAAUGUGGAAUGACUGCCUGGAGGCAAUCAAGUGCUUCUCAUGUGGAAAUUGCUGAAUGCCAGAGUUUAUUACUUUGUCCUCAUUGUGAGUGUGCAACUAGCACUUGUGCUGUCUAAAAGAAUUCAUUAUUUUGCAACAGUGCACUCAGUUGUCUCUUAUAUUCAAACAAAUUUUUGAUUUAAUUCAAUUAGAAGAGAUCCUGAGCAAGGAACCCUCUAAACUAUCAAAGGCUCCCUUUUGCUUUAUUUUUUACAUUUGUGUAGCUGGCCCAUCACUUUCCACCUUACCCCUUUGACUCAGACCACUUGUGUUAGCCUGAGUGAGUUACCUUGUGUGUUAAAUGAAUUAUUUCCAAAGCAUGGCAUUUUACCUAAACGAGGCCAAAAAAAUCAAUGUGAGACAUGCUCUAAGGAAUUCAUAUAAUCAAACAGGUAGUUUAAAAAAUGAAACAUCUGUGACUCUGCUACAGUGCUUCCCUGAUGGAAAUUCAAAAUGAUAUCGAAAUGGUGCACUGAGGACACUCCAAAAUAAAACCAGUGCUACACGGCAUUUGCCAGACCCAGUUCAGAAACCUCCCAAACUGAAACUCAUUGCACAUUUGUUGUUUAGCAUUUUGUGUGCAACAUAUAGCGAAACAUCUUAGAACAUAAAAGUUUUUGAUAGUUAAUGUUUUAACUUUCAAGGGUUAAAAUAUUAAACUAGGGUGUGUUUCUCGCCUAAUUUUGAGCUAAGUAAGCAUAAAAGGAAUAAAUUGGUUAAAUAAUGUGUUCUGGUUCCCUCACUCUUAAUUUCAAAAUGUACAAGUGCUAUAAGAAACAAAAAUUAAGUUGGAGGGGAGAUCUUUAGAUGUGCUGAGGAGGAGAUGUUGAAAUGUACUCACCUGUUUUCAUAGGGAGAAAUGAGGACCCUGAAAAUGACUUUCAAUGUUGUGGUGACUAAAAUUGGGGUAGAUGUUGCCUGAUGCUCCAGGUUUAUUCUGCACUGCUGUGUUUUAUUUAAUUACUGUUCUUUAUGUACUAUAUUUUAUUGUAUUUAUAUUAUGUUGGAAACUACCCCAAGUUCACUGUGUGAUGAAUGGCAGUCUAGAAAUCAUAUAUAUACAUAGUAAGAGAUUUCAUAGCAGUUUGUAGAGUGCUGUACAGCAAUUGCAUUUAAUUAUGUCUGACAGACAGAUUAGUUAAGGAGAUCAUUACAAGAUGCUCUGUGAUAAGAAUGGGGCUGCAUGAGGGAAGAGGCAUCAUUGACAAAUAAUUUCAUGCUAUAAAUAGAGUUCAUAAGCAAAGAUAGCCUUGGAAAUGUGUGCAUAACAAUAGGUGGUGGACCCAUAGAAAGAAGAGGGGUGGCUGAAGAGAAGCUGGACUUCUUUGGGAAGAGUAACAGAAUAGAAAUUUAAGAACUAAGAAAUAAUAAUAAAGUUGUCAGGAGGUAUCAGGCUGCGUACCUCACUAGUUGUUCACUUUCCUUUACUUAAUAGAAGGGGAAUGAAAUCUACAGAAUAUGUAAAUCCACGCAAAAUUUCAUUAUUUAUAUAGGUCACACAGAACUGAACUUUCCAUAGUACAGAAUUUUUAUUUAUUUACCUUAUUUCAUUAGUUCAUAGUAUACAUAGCACUCAAGUCCAGCAAUUAUUUCAAGAAUGAGAGAUGCUGGGUGUGGGGAAGUGUGGUAAUGAGGUUUUUUGUAAUUAUAGUUUGUUUUGUUUUUGACCAUUUGAAAGGGAUAGAGACUUGUGCAGCAUCCAAGAUCAUAGACAGUAAAGUAGAGGAGAGUUCAGAAGUCCCUAUUUUAGAAGACACAUCAUCUUCACCAACAGACAUCCAACAACAUUUAUGGCAGGUUUCCACGGAUAUUGAAAAUACUGAAAGGUAUGUGUUCUAUUUAUUAUUCCUAAUUUGAUCCCAUUAAACACUGAGGCAUGUGUGGAAGUAGACCUUUGUCUCCACAUCCCUUCAUGGAACUUCACAAAUAGCUUGCUGGAAUAAAAAUUGCAUCUAAAUGAGCAGCAAUUCUCCUUCUUAAUCUUUAUUACUGAUCACAUUGGAAGAACAUACUUGAAUAAAAUUGGAGACUUACAGUGGUCUUUUUUAUUAUAACUCCAUCACUUGUCCAUUAGACAUUUGCAAAAAUUAUUCAGUCCAACAUUUUGAUUUUGAUUUUAUUUUUAUCCUUUUUGUUCAGACGUAGUACUAUUUUUGGAAUCCUGAAAAGCAGAAGCAGCUUUUAUCUAAGCUUAAGCAAUGUCUGUUCUAUUUGAACAGUUCUGUGCUUCAUUUCUACAGGGAUAUGAGAGAAAUGAAAAACCUUUUAAGCAAACUCAGGGAGACUAUGCCUUUGCCACUGAAAAAUCAAGGUAAGCCUUUCUUUUCUGCGUCUGAUAAUUGGAUAGUUAAGUGAUCAGACUUGGUUUCUUCUGGUAAUGUUAAACAAACUCCUAAUAUUCUAAAUAGAGAAAAGGUUUGACAAUGUAACGUUCCUCUAAAUUAUUAAAAAAUUUUUAUAGAAGUGUGGCUUAGCUUCUUAGCCUUUACCCCAGUUGAAAUAAAGUUUGCACUCAUAUACAUCCCUUUAUUCUUAUCUCUUUAUUUCGAUUCAUAAUUUCCCUCUAUGGUCUCCCUAUUGUUGAAAUUUAAAUUGCAUGCCAAGGAAGAUUGGAAAAUGUUUGUGGAUUAUUUAAAAACUCAGUGUAAACAUGUUAAGAUGCAAAUAGGAUUUGACUGAGAGCUGCAGUGGAAACGACAGUGGAAUUUUGUUGUUGUUGCUUUUUUUUUUUUUUUUUUGUAGAAGCAAAGGCAUGGAGUAACUAUAAUAUGCAGCACAAAUUGAAAUUUUGGGGGAACCAUGAAGGGAGAGAGGGAAAGUCCUAGGUUGACUGAUUUAUUGUAAAACCCAAAAUGUUGUUUAAUUAUUAUUAUUAUUAUUAUUAUUAUUAUUAUUAUUAUUAUUUAAAUAUCUAUAAAUAAAAUUAAUAAACCACCCUGAGACCUCCGCCUAUAUGGCAGUAUAAAUUCAAUAAAUAAAUGAAAAAAAUGAAAAAGAAAAAGGGCAAGGUUUAGGUUAGCAAGGUUAGAAGAAACUGUGGUGUGACUUGAGGGAGCAAGGCAAGCUGAAGGGCAAGAAUAUUUCUGUACCUAUGGGAGAAGCAGAACCCUCUUGGAAUACCGAUGCUCUGAACUUCUCCAUAGCAAGUUCACGUUUUAUAUAUGGGUAAAUAAAGCAUGCAAAAAUAAAAAAAGAAGUUUAAAUUGCAUGCUUCUCAAACCUGCUAUUUUUCUCUCUCAUGUUACUUGGUAAACUUGAUGGCACUAAAUGAAUAAUAUUGUUAGUGACGUCGCAGUCAGACCUUGCCUGGUACCCAUAGAUCAGAACAUACAACUCUGGUCUUAUGUCUCAAUUCAAAGUGGUAGUUUUGGUCUCUAAAAUCCUAAUUGGGCCUGGGUUAUCUUAGGGACUGCUUCUCCUGUAUAGAUGAUGGUUGGAUUUAUUUUCGUUUCAUGUAUUUGUAAGCUUCUUUGGGUACAAAAGUAAAAGUAUGGGGUAGAAAUAAAUAAUUAUUAACUAGGUAAUUAUUAGCAACUUAAGGAAUUAAGAGCUGGACAACGCUAAAUUAUGAAGGGGCAUCAUGUUCAACUAGCUGUGCCUAGAGGAGUUACUUCUCUACUAAAACAUGAUAAAAAUGAUGGAGAAUAAAUUCAAAUAUUUCUGUGGAGUUUAAAUGGAGGUUGCCAACAAAACUCACAUUAAAGUUCAGUAUGAUAGCCCUCAUUGCUAUCUGCCACUCAAUGAUUAGAUGUAAUCUCCCAUUCAUCUCACACCUUAUAAAAUGAAUUUAAGCACUGGUUUCAGAAUAAAUUUGAAGAUUUUCCCUCCCUGAACCAAUUUCAAAUUAUACAUUUUUCUUCAUGGAGGAAUACUUGCAGUGAGCUGUUGAAGCUCAUGUAUUUGCAGUGCUGGCCCAAGCCAUUUCAGUGCCAGGGGCAAAACCUCUAAACAGGGUUCCUGUCCUCCGCCAUUUAGCAGUGUUUAAGAACAUAAGAGCCUGCUGGAUCAGGCCAAUGACCCAUCUAAUCUAGCAUCCUGUUAUUACAGUAGUCAACCAGUUACCUAUGGAAUGCCCACAAGUAGGACCUAAAUGCAAUAGGGCUCUCCCUACCUGUGAUUCCUAGCAACCGUAUUCAGAGACAUAACGCCUCCAACCAUGGAGCAGGAACACAGCCAUCAUGGCUAGUAGCCAUUGAGAGUCUCAUCCUCCGUGAAUUUAUCAUAUCCUCUUUUAAAAGCUAUUCCAGUUAGUGGCCAUCGCUGCCUCUAGUGGAAGCGAAUUCCAUAGUUUCACCGGGUGUUGCUUAAAAGACGUACAGUCAUACCUCGGAAGUCGAACACCAGUGUGGUGUAGUGGUUAAAAGUGGUAGUCUCGUAAUCUGGUGAACCAGGUUCGCGUCUCCGCUCCUCCACAUGCAGCUGCUGGGUGACCUUGGGCUUGUCACACUUCUUUGAAGUCUCUCAGCCCCACUCACCUCACAGAGUGUUUGUUGGGGAGGAAGGGAAAGGAGAAUAUUAGCCGCUUUGAGACUCUUUAGGGGAGUGAUAAAGCGGAAUAUCAAAUCCAAACUCUUCUUCUUCUUCGGCUCCCGAACGCCGCAAACCCGGAAGUGAGUGUUCUGGUUUGCGAACGUUCUUUGGAACCCGAACAUCUGUCAUGGCUUCCAAUUGGCUGCAGUAGCUUCCGUUCUGCUUCCAAGGUACCACUGUAUUUUCUUUUGUCCUGAAUCUUCCAAUGUUCCGCUUCGUGUGGUGUAUCUGAGUUUUAUCAUUAUAAGAGAGGGAGAAUUUUUUUUUAUUACAGUUCAGCAGAAGGUUCUCCCAUGCAGAGCCAUUAAAAUUCCUGCAUAGCUUCCAUUCUUUUCAAUGAAACUUGUGCAGGAGAACUUCGCAGAGGAUUGAGCCUCAUGAUUUCUAUCUCUUUGAAUCCCACUCUACCAGUCCUACUGGCAACCAGGAUCCAUCAUUUGAAGCAGCUGCCUCACCUUACCUCAUUGUAAAGUAAAGCAGUGGUUGUGGCAACUCAGAAGUUCACAUUUACUUGGUAUGGUGACCCAUCAGUUUAUUGCCACAUGGACUUUACAUCUUUGACAGUUUUUGGUUCCAUGCAUUUUAACUGCGGGUUUGCCUGUUUUAUGACUGUUACUUGAGGCAUUCAAGCCAAAAUUUACAUAACCCCCCUAUUAGUAUGGAAUUUGAUGAAAGAUGCCAUGUGCUGGUGCAUUAGAGGCGAGCUGUAAUAGGCACUCAAAACAACUUCCAGUAUAAAUGUCUCACCAGAUCUGCCGCAGCUAUCAGAGCAGUUCCCAAGUGCUAAGACGUAAGACUCAAGCUUUUCUGAUAUUUGGUUACAAGUGUCAACAUGAUGUUAUAAUAAGCCAACAAAUCAACAAGUGGUAAUAGGUAUUCAUCAUGAAAAACAAUUAUCUAGGGUUUCUUUACAAAGUCUCCCCCCCCCCUGCAAAUCGUGACCCACAGGUUGCAAAACUCUGAAGUAACACACAGAAAACAUGUCCUUCAGAAUAUAUGCUUUGCUGCUGCUCAGCUUAAUUCUAUCUUUUGUUUUUUUAAAUCGCAGAUGACAGCAGCCUCCUAAACUUGACUUCAACUCCUUAUCCAUUAGUGCGAAGACGGAAGCGGAGGUUCUUCGGAUUGUGCUGUCUUGUCUCGAGCUAG